CUCUAGCAUCGCGUAUCCCAGGAGCAACUUUACUGGACUCCCAAAACUUUUGCAGAGAGAAAAAAAAAAACGAAGAGAAGAGAAAAUCACAGAGGUUCAACCAGGACGUGGACCUCUAAAUUAUGGAGCUGAUUGUAUUCCUGAAUGCUAUUAUCACAAGACUACUUUUUAUUCUUCAUUCUAUAGUGGGAGUUUGGAGAGUUACAGUGAUUAAAAAUGACAGGACUUAUUGGCUGCUGGCGCUUCUGAAUUUGUGCAUGGGUAUUGAGAUGGUGCUGACAUUUAAAUUUAAGAAAGGCAGAGGUUUGAAAUGGUAAGAAACUUAUUUUGCAUGAUGCUAAUUAAUCUAUUAUUUUUUAAAUAAUCUCUGAAUUGCUUAGGUCUGAUUUCUUUCCUCUUCUCCGAUCCAAUACAUAUUUAUUGCUUUAAUCCUUUCAUUUACAGAAGGGGCUGAUAGUCAUCGUGGUAUAAUGUAGUGUAAGGGUGCCCAAAAGAUUCUGAAAAAUGACAGUUUUGAUGAUGCUUUGUCAUUCUAAAAGCAUGCAAAGCAUCAUUGGAGUUGUAGUUCUACAACAUCUGGAGAUCUACCUUUUUGGCACCCCUGAUGUAGUGGGACUUCACAGAGCAUAAAGCAGGGGGAGGCAACCUUCCGCACUCCAGAUGUUAUGGGCUAGAUCUCCCAUAAUGCUGGCAAAGCAUCAGGGGGCAUGUAGUCCACAACAUCUGGAGUGUCGAAGGUUGCCUACCCCUGGCCUAAAGCAAAUACUUUAAUAAACUAAGAUGGGUUAUUUUUGUUAUUUAUAUAUCAGGCUUAUAAUGGUUUGCUGUGAUUUUAAAAUACUUGUGUGGAAAACAGAUUUGCUGUGUAAAUUAUUGCCUAUCUGCAUUUAAAUGUUGCACAAUGGGGUCAUAAUAACAACAAUAGCGAAUAGUGAUGCAAUAAUAAUAAUAUAUUCUACAGAACACAGAUGAAAAUAUAAAAUCUAGAAUUUAAUUAUUAAAGUCAUUUUUAUUAUUGGUAUUUAUAUAGCACUAACUUAUUCCAUAGCGGUUGUUAAAUUAGGUUAAAUCCCAUAUUUUACUGUAAAGAUUUACGUUGCUUCCAUAGAAGACUUAUUAACCCUGGAAGUGCCAGAGUAAAAGCAGUGUACUGUAUCAUACUGUCUGGAACUCCCCUCUACUCCCACCUAAUAAUUAGCUUUUACCCUAAGGAUCGUUUAACUUGUCCACUUCCGUCUAUCACAACCACAGAGGGAAAUCAUUUCGCUUAAACUGGCCACAAAUAUGUCUUUACUCAAUAACUUUUUUUUAUAUGUUUUCUAUGCAACUCUGUAUUGCAUCAAAUGAUUUAUAGUGAGGAAUAUGCCAAUCUCUGAAACAUAAGUGUGCCUCUUUAAUGGCAUCAUAAAUACUGAUACAGCAAAUAAGUAAAUAAUACUUGCCUUUAAUUACAAUGACAGUAACCACAAAUGAGUCACAAUGUGUCUAAAUAUUUUAAUACAUCUUUAUAUAUCUGCUUUUUAUGUAAAAUCAUCCAGGCUUCAGUAUGUAAUUUUUUUCUCAAUGUCUGUUAAAGAGACACUAAAUCACCAUAACUACUGCAGAUCAUUUUAGUGGUUAUGGUAAGAGUCUAGGCACUGCCCCCUAUUUUCUGUCAAAAUCUCAGCCCUUUCGGGGACACAUAGCCUGCCACCAUGGCUGCCACACUGAUUGUGCAGAAGUUACCCCUCUGUAGUAUUAAAAGCAAAUUUGUACAACUUUGAAUAGCAAUGAUGGCUGAAAUCUCUGGGCUAACCAUUCAAAUGAAUGGUUCUACUAGAAGAUGCUUUGAUUUAGAAGGGUAAGAAGGGUAACAAUGUAUGUGUUUAGCCACUUGAUCUUGUCAACUAAAUAUUUGAGCCAAUGCUUUAUACUCUCCACAUUUAAAUAUGCUUGCCGCCUUAAACAAAAUUAAACAAUUAUUUGUAAAAUGGUUCACAGGAACCAUUUUAUUUCAUUUAUUUUGAGUAACUCAAUGAUUGAAUUAUUCAGUAGCAUAGACACUCACUAUUGUUUUUCAGUAACAGAUUUAUUGCAUGAGAGUUUUAGGUCAAGGAGAUAUGUAAAUUGCAACUGUUGAAAAGUUAUAAUGCAACGGUUUGCAUGCCAUUGGUGUCAUAGGAUUAGUGAGCAUAUAAUUCUUAUUAAAUCGUUCAGUCAUUACAAAAUUGCUUACAAUAUAACUCUUAAAGUCCUUAUCAUACCCCAAUGAACUGAACUUUGUGUGCUUUGGCAAAGGCAUGUAAGGCAUGUGUGUAUAUGUGUGUUGACUGGAGGGAGACUGGAAUGAAAGUGAAGGUUUGUGUGUUUGGAUUAUAUGAAGUACUGCCUGACAGAGAGAGAGAGAGAGAUGGUGAUGAUGUCAAAAAGAUGACUAACACAAAAUUUACAAGCUAAGCGUCUGUAACUCUUAUUUCAGCAUACUCUCUGGUCCUAGAGCAUAGGGAGCAGUGGUGGUUUGUGGGUAAGUGUGAGUCCAUUCGAGGUGAACAAUGUUUAGAUAUAGAUUUGCAAUAUGAAAGCAUACAAUAUAGUUACAGUAUAGAAAUAAUUAAUAGAACUAUUUAAAGCUAAUACAUUAAUAUCAAAGAGCAUAUCUAUGGCGAUUUUUCACAAAUUGCGUUUGCUAAAUAUUGCUAGGUAAAAUGAAAAUAGGUUUCGAAAUCUGGUCUUGCAAGCUUUUAUUAUCAUUAUUAUUAUUAUUAAUAAUAAUAAUAUCUGGUGCUGUGCAUUUUGUUUUGACUGAUUCACAAUUUGUUCAAAUUUUGGGUGACUGGCUAAAUGGUCAAAAAAACUGAAUUCUGAUUUGUCAUAUGACUGAAUUACAAUGCAAACUAAACAACCAAUAGAUGAGCCAUAUAUGUCUACCAAACAUACAAAAAAAAAGUAUAGGGGAGACCUGGCACAGGUCCCCUAUAUACCCGCACUCAUAGGCAUCAGGUGUGGCUUAAAAUUAAAUAAUGGGGCUAUAAUGGGGCUUUACUGUCCACCCCCCACUUCCUCCACCCAUGGGGACAAUCUAGUAUCAUCUUAGCACCCUCCCAUGAGUAGCAGGAGGGGCUAUUCCUUAAAUAAAUGGAAAGACAUUGUGCCCCUCCAGCCCCCAUCCAUCGGCAACAUGUGUGGGGCUAUUAAUGUAAUAAACCCAUUUUUAAAUGGUGUGUGGAGGACUAUUGGAAUAAUAUUUUUGGGGGGUACAUAUGCUCUUGUCCACUACCCCACCCCCACCCAUAGGCCUUGGUUAAGGAGGGAUUAGGGUGUGUUGGAUCCCAGCCACCCUUCAACUUCUAAAAAAAAUCUGUAGAAUAAUGCUGUGCCUAUAUAAUGUCUCAAGUGAUACUCAUCAUUUUGAUAUUGGCUUUUUACGAUUAUAUGCCCAUACUAUUCCCAUAAUAUUUUAUUGACAAUAAGAGAACCAAAUGUAUCUCUUUUCUUGUGUAUAAUAUGUGUAAAGCAGGAACAAAACAGCCGAGGUCCUGAGAUUUUGGUGUAAGAGCGCUUUGCUUCUUAUAUUAGCUACAGUUGCUGUGUUGGGGCGUCAUUCUGGCAUUGUACUUUGUUGAAGAGGGGGGCUCAUUCAACUGGAGAAUUGAAAAUCAUCCUUAAUGUCACAGUAAUGUCAGGUGGACUGGGUGAUCUGCUUGCUUGCUUUUUGUUAAAAAAAUAAUCCUCCCUCGUCGCUUUUUUUUUCUACUUUAGCUGCUAGAAUGCAGCCAUGAAACAUGACCCUCAAACAUUCCUGUAGAGUAUGGAUGGAGGUUGGCUGCCAUGCAGUGCCUAUGUAAAGAAGCAGAGGUGCAAUAUGGAAACCUGGCAGAGAAAUUGAUUUCUCUGCAGGAUGAAAACCAGCACUGGAGCCAAGACAUAAGCCAGCAUGGAUUAAUGGGCUACAUUUAUUUUGCUUCGCUUCCCAGUGCCAAACAAAAGUAAGCACAUUAAUACACAUUGUUGGCAGAGAAAGGGUUAAUGAUAUGAAAAUCAACUCACUGACCCUCCCUGUCACUCAUGAACUAAAGGAGCAGAAGAAACGUCAGCAUGUAUAUUUUUGACUAAAUGCUUCUUUUGCUAAACUCAAGUAACUUCUGAUCAUAUUCACUUCAACUUUCUUCAAGCCAGAUAUUUUUAACAACUACAAUGCAGAUGAAAGUCUAACUCAACAUCCACAUUGUUUCCUGAAACUGUAAACUGACUUUUCCUCCACACAGCCACUAUUCAUGAACAAGGAAUGACAUUGUUACCAUUUACUGACCUAAUUCCUAAUUGUAUAAUAUGAUUAUGUCACUGUGGCGGAACCAACCUCACCACUGUGCACUGGAGGAGCCUGGUUCCUCUCCUGCUCCCUUUAGACUAUGGCCCGGCAUUUAAAACCUUUUAUUUUCCCUGCAAAAAGGCUUAAUUGUGUCUUUCUGCCGUGGUGUUUGGUAGAUUCAAUCUACCGAACAAAGUACUGAACGAUCGACCACCUGGGAACUGGAGUGUGCCGUCAACUGGCCGCCCAGAAGCUGCAUUUAACCGCAGCUUAAUUGACGAACGCUGGGUGGCCUUUGUUCAUUUGCCGAACACGUGGCAGUGGCCAUUUUAACUCCCGAACUGCCAGCGGUGUUCAGUGCCCAAACUAUGGAACUGGAAAUGGACACUUAUUUGCACGAACACCGCUGAGCCGCCAGCCUCCUUACCUCUGCAUUCGGUAGUAUAACCGAAUGCCUUUUCAUUCGGUAGUUUAACCGUAUGAAUAGCAUCACCCCAGAUAGCUGUGCCAUGGAGCCUAUUCGUGUAACGAAAGACUAUGGGAAAGACUUUGGCUCCAUGGUGAUUGAACUGUAUGUAUGUGAUCUGAGCUCCAUUCGGUAAUAAUGUGCGCUCAGAUCUAAGCUAUCUGGGGAUAUGUAGAAUGUAUGUGUUUUAUUCAUUAUUUGCAACAUUGGGUAUUUUUGUGUCUUUUUGCUAACAUGUGCUCAAUGGUGUUUUGCCUCUGUCCUGGGAGAUAAUUGGAUUACUUCCCAAUUAUCUCCAGGAUAGAGAGGAGGGAUUGUGAUGUAAUUGUGGGAGUGUUUAAAAGUGGAUGUCUGUAAUUGGUCAAUGUCCAAUAUGUUUCCCAGUCUUCAAUCUGGUUCCCUACGGGAGUGUCCACCAGGUGGAAGACCUGCAUAAAAGCCAGGCAGGUAGCCCCAGUAAAUGAGUUCUGCUUGACCCUCAAGCGAAGUGUCGUCUCGUUCUUGGGGGGAAUUGGAUUGUAUGCUGAUUGCCAGGAGUGUAAGCUGAUUGUAUGCUUUUCCUGUUCGGCUGGUUUCAGUGUUCGUGUGUUUCCUGUUUGGGAGUUGGAGGAUUCGUGUAGUUUGCAGUUCGGGAGAUUGGUGAUUCCAGUAGCUGCCUGGGCAUCUGAAAAGGGAAUAUCGCCUUAACGGUUUUUAACCUGUUGUGUGCAAAACGGUCCGUUACAGUCACUUGCACACUAACAUGAGAUCUUGGUAACUUUGUGGCAAAAUAAGAAUUGUUGAAGCCCACUGACCACAUGAAAGGGAUUCUACAUAUGGAUAAAAUCAGUGUAAAUAUAAGAGUGAAUACUUUGUUAUAAAGGGUAGAGCAAAAUAACAGGGUGCAAAGAAUUCUGAAAACAGACAACCACUCAACACAUACCCUUCGAUAGAACCACGCUCAGAUCUCAAGCUCGUUUUAGCUCAUCUUGUGCCAUUACAAAAAAGAACCUUGGCCCAUAUCAGACUGCAAAAGGCUCUCUCUGCACCAGAGAUACAGUGACCUCAGACAAUCAUUUGUUAGGUCUUGUUAGUUAGGUAUGGCCAAUACCCAUGUAGGCACAGUGACAAAGGGGUCCACAUUUGGAUUACCCUUUAAACUUUUGGACAGCAAAAAAAAAGGUCUAAAAGAUAAUCCAGACAUUGGUCUAUUGUUCACUGUGCCUAAUCGGGUACCUCAUACACCUCACUGAUAAGGCCUAAGACGGCUGAAACAAUCAUCUGGGGUUGCUGUAUCUUACUUGCAGAGGGAAAUGGGGCACAAGGUGAACUAAAACCACCUUGAGAUAUGAGCGGGAAAGGGCACUGAAGGGUGAACUACUUUGUAGGGUACCAUUUUACUUAAUUCUGACCUGCAGUGUGUGUAGUAAAAUAAUAUUUAUAUUUUCUGGCAUAAUAUGUCUGACAACUUGAUCUGUUGUCCAUUCUUAGUAAUCUCUUCUCUUCUUUUUGUUCUCCCGAAGUCUAAAGGGUAAUCUAGACAUGAGCUUCUUGCUCACUGUGCCUAGAGGGUUAUCAGCAAUACCUCAUUGACAAGACCUAACAAGUUGGAAACGGUCAUCUGGGGCUGCUGUAUCUCUAGUGUAGAGAGAGACGGACAAUAUUUUGGAUCUGGACCUUUUGGGUUGGAUCAGUCUGAUAUGCAAAUGGCCUACGUUCUCUUUGUAAUGUCAUGAAAUGAGCUAAAGCCAGCUUGUGAUUGGAGCAGGGACCCACCGAAGAGCAAGCUAAUUGAGCUGUUGUCCAUUCUCAAUAUUCUUUUUUCCUAAUGGUUCUCUUGCCUAAUGGUUAGCUGAUCAACACGGUAGUUGUGAUCACAUAAUACUGUCUGUAUUUUGAAGAUGGUAAUACUUAAAAUGACCCUUCUCAUAGCUGAAGACACUUUACAACUGGAAGAUUUUGUAAUACUAAAGUAGAAAAUAAAUCUGAAUUUUCUAAUUAAAAACAGAAAUCCACGCCCUGCAUGCUUUACAAAUGUUUUAGCUCUGUAUUAUAUUUCAUUUAUGUAACCAUUUGACAUUUAAUAGUUAUAUUUGAUAUGUACGAUGGACCCUUCCCACUUUUUUUUUUUUAGUUUUGUUAUAAUAUUGUUUUAAAACGAUAUUGUUAUUUUUUUUUGUGAAAAAAAUUGUCACUAAAAGUAAUUUAAAAAAACAACAAAAAACAGCAAUGCUACUCUAGGUUUUUUAGAACUGCACAAAUCGCAGAAUAGAACAUAUUGCAUCAAAUGCCUUUGUUGGAGAUGAGUAACAAUACAUUAAUACAUUAAUCAAACCUUGCUUACACUAUAGGUUUGAUAAAAGUGUAAUAUUCUUUCUUACAUGCAUGACACUUCGAACAAUAGCAAUGUCUGAUGUGAGAAAUCCUGUAAUUGUUCAAAAAUUACUUGAGAUGAUUAGCUGCUAAUCCUCUCAGUAAAAUCUCCGGUUAACGAUAAAAGUUGAAAAUAACCAAUGCCAAUAAUUUUUUUUUUGGGGGGGGGGGCAUUUACUGACUGGCUAGUUUUAAAUCAUUUCGUGUCCAAGAUCAACUCAAGGUGAAUAAAAGUGAACAAAAAUAUCAUAGGAGUAUGCACGGGUUGUACCAGGUGUGUCCAGGAAGACUCUAAUGUGCAUGUUACAUGGACCAGAAUUUGCUAGGAGAGUACCUGCACCCCACCACUGUUGUGCAUGAGCACCUUGGGGGAGGGGGGAAUUGAAAAUCACUGUGUAUGCUUCCUCAUGGACAGGAAGGAACUUUUUCAGAACUCUGCACACACUGGAGACGCUGACCACAAGCUCCUCCGACUGGACCACCAGGGAGCUGUAUCAGAGGACCCAUCACUCAUGAACCUUGCAUUCAGUGGAACCCAGAUAAUUUGAUAAACUCAUCUAAAACAGUAUGACAGAUAAAACUAGGAGGAUGCCAGGCAAUCCUGACACCAUAAUCUCUGCAGAGGACUAAGCUUUGAGUGUUCAGUGGGCUUUAGUGGUUAUAGAGUUUUGAGUGCUCCUCCAAGAAAUAUCCACCUUAUUUAAAAUUUUAAAAAAAAUCAUAGAGAAAUAGCUCCCGGGUGCACGCCCUAAUGAAAUGAGCUGCAAACUCCAAACAAACUAUACGUAUCACUCUACUCAACAGCUCCAAGAGAGAGCCUGAGUUGUGACCGUGAACACAAAUAGUUGGAUUAGGAGUAUGCCAAGGCUGGGCUGUGAGUAAACUGCAAGCAGUAUCAGUAUACUUUGAUUAGUUUAUUAUGCAGCUCCACUCAUUAGAAUAAGACUGCAACUGGUGUAUUGUACUACAUACCUCAUGUUGGACAGAUAUUUAUGACUCAAGAAAAAUACCAAGUGACUAAAAAAGGGAGUUUCUGCUGCUUCUGUUUGCAGAGCAUUAGCAGAAGCAGAAUAACGUUUUAAGCUAUCUUUUGUUUUGUAUUAAUUUGUUUUUAAUUUCUAUUACAUUACCAAUAUUAUGUAUUAAAAUAUGAAUGGUCACUUUGACAUCAUCAUGACCAUUUAAAACUCUGACCUAAAAAUAAAAUAUAUGCUGUGAAUUGGUACCUAACUAAAGAAUCACUGAAAUUGAUAGUACAGGCAAGAACAAAAUAUACUUAGUGCAGGGCUUCUGCUUGUUUGUAAAUAAAAUAGUUUAAGUUUGGGCUAACUUGAAAUAGCUGUCUUGUGUUACCCUCUAAAUUUAGCUAGAAAAUCAGUUAUCAUGCAGAAAUGACUACUUCCCAAUUCCUGGGAACUGAUGAGUAGAUCUUAGCGUAGUCUGAAAGAUGACAGCUGUGCUGAGACGUGGUUUAUGUUCUCUAUUUUUUUGUUUAUUGUAAAAAAUGUAAAAGAACAGCUUGAUUAUCAAUAUAGUAUUUAACAGGGUUAUUCACUAAAAAACGGAUUUUGUCUGAAUGGACAAAUUCCGUUGAAAACAACAGAAUUCUGACUGCAGUGUCAAUUAUCAGAUUUAAGCAAAAGCUGAGAAUGGGCAAAAGCUUAGAGAAACUCAGUAGCUCACCCUUUGGCCAGCCCCCUCUCAGAUCUCAAAAUAUUUUUCUCACUUAUGUCAUUACAGAGAGUAAAAAUAGAGGGGGAAUUAAGCGCUAGCAGUUUUCUGGUACAGUUGAAGAGGCAGCUCAAUCACCAAAUCCGGGGUCUCUUUUGUCCGGAAUGGAAGAAUGGAAAAAACAAAGGGGUGGUGCAGCCCCAAGUAUGUCCUUAAAAAUAUUUAGGAUGAUAGAGAGAGAACUGAUAGUGCAUGUAAAAUACAAUUGGAAAAGAAUUAUAAAAAUAAUUCACUCACACUUUUUGGGAGCUUAGGUGCAGCUCUGACUUUUGCACUUGGUCGUAAUGAUCCCCGACUCAAGGAUAUGAUGUGGUCACAGGUCUGCAGAUAAUCCUUUUUGUAGUUUUGCUCAUCAGCAUAUAACAGAGAAGAAUAGAAGAUGAUAUAGUGUAGAAUGUCAGACAAAAGUGUAAAACUAAAAUAGAGUGAAAAAUGUGCACUCACAUAUUUUGGAGCCAGACCUUCCACUCCCCAAAUAAGGCGUGGAGUGGUAUAAUCCCCACUCUUGGAUAUGGGCGAUGGUGGUGUUUCUCCGUGUAUGUGGAUAAAAAAAGAAGAAACCCGCAAUAGUGUAUAAGUGUGAGAUUUUAAUGGAAAUAUGAAAUAGAUAAAAUGCGUACUCACAUGUAGUGGAGCAAAAUAAGAUUUGCUCAAUCCGAAGGGCGUAGGUGGUUUAGUAUCCCCACCAAGGAUCUAGGUGCUUGUGGAUCCAGCAGAAAUCAAUUUGGUCCAAUAAAAAAAGAGUACUUUUUACUUAUAAAAACAAAAAAAUAAAGCAAUUAAAAAUAAUAAAAUAAACCGAUAUAAAAUAGUAUAAAAUACACUUAACACGUUUCACAGACAGACUGACUUUAUCAAAAGUGUUUACACUUAACGCAUUUCACCAACAGACUGUUGUGUAUUUUAUGUGUUCUCUCUCGAUCAUCCUACAUAUUUUUUUUUUUUAAUUCUUUAUUUUUGCAGGCAAGCAUAAGCAUAGGGAUACAUCAUGUGAGUAAAAGAUAGCAAUCAACAGGUAUAAAUUUUGGCAUGAAUUAAUUCACAAAAAAUGGAAAGACACAAUUUUUAUUUUAGUUAAACUUAAAUCCCUCUUAGCUGUAAUAUAGUGUAAUCGGAGUAUGGAACAGAGGUUGCUAGUUGUAAGCUUAGAGCACGGGUGUUAUGUGGGGUAUUAAACUAAGCAAGUUGUUUGUUUAUCCGUUUAUGGAGCCAAGCGCACUUGUGAGUGCAUUUGUGCAUGAAACUAAAAAAUAAAAAUGUAUAAUGGAUACGUUUCUGCCAACUUUUUUUUGUUAACUAAACAUGUCAACAGUUAAGCUAAACAUAUGGAAAUAUAGCCACAAUUGGUAGCUCAAGUGUCCAUUGCCUUCAAUUCAAGUGAUCCUACAUAUUUUAAAGGACAUGUUGGUGCUACACCACCCCUUUGUUUUCUCCAUUACAGAGAGACCUAUACCAUUUGCAUGUCAGAAUGGUCCCCCAAUGAGGGCAGUUCAGAUCCAAAAUGCUGGCAAGUUUUCUCUGCAUGAGAGAUACAGCAAUCCUGGACGAUUGUUUUGGCCUUCUUUGGGCCGUGUCAGAGAGGUGUAGCUGAUACCCUCUAGGCAGAGUGAGCAGGGGGGCCACGCCUGGAUUACCCUUUAUGCUUGGGGAGAGCCCUAUCAAAACACAUUACAACGAAAUCAGAGAAUAUGAGAACACUGAGGCAAAAGCUUAGAGAAAUACAGUAGCUUACCCUUUGGCUAGUCCCCGUUCAGGUCUCAAAGGCUGGGUGUUGGGUUGACAUAUUGUACAUUCUUGUGUUCACAUUAAGACCUGUUAUUCAAAAGAGUUAAAGCAUUUUCCCAGUUUCUAUUUCAUGUAUUUAAUUAUAUGAUUAUAGUCUCCCUAGACAGAGAUAAAUAUCUCAAAUUCAUUUGGGUUAAGCCCACAGACAAUAUGUUGUCUUUUUUGCUUGGGGACAUGGGAACUUGCAUCCUUAGUAUAUAUUUAUAUAAAUUGUAUGUAAAUGCAGCUAAAAAUAAAAUAUUCUUAUAUGGAAUAAUAUCCCAUAAUAUCCUGUAUGGAUAAAUUCCAUUCCAUUUCUAUUCAUUUCCAAGCUAGCAUGAUUUUUCCCCCCAGAAAAUGGAAAUAAAAAUGUAGUGGCCAUCAAUAUGCUUUAAAACCUUCCAUCUAAAGGAGCUGUUGUUUGAAUUGAAGUAAUAAUAUAGAAUUAUGUAGAAUCGAAGUAGUAAUAUAAAAAUAUAUUUAAGUUAGGUUUUUAGAUAAAUCUUGAAAUUACAUACAAGUAAAUAUCUCGAUUUUUUUUUUUUGCAAUAGGUUAACAAAAAAGCAGCAAAAUUAAGGCCAAAAUAACUAUGAUAGAAUCAUUAAUUUAGCCGUUGCUCAACAUAUUUUGUUUAGAGAACAGACCCCUUCUCAAGUACUUUGUGUGUACUGGGUAAGGUACACUGACUGUUUCUCUGAUAGAAUAUUCUGCAGUGCUUUAUUCAAGCUUACAUAAUUUGGGUGUUAUUGAAAAUCUGUGGCUGCUGGUCUGCUUAUACUUAAUAAUGUCAUGUCCUGUGUGGCGAUGAAGGUAUUAUUACCUCCAUUUGGGCUCACUGUAAUAAAUUCCCUCAUCUCUCCACUGACCUCAUCAUCAGCAUGGAGAGCUGGAAACGGGCCACACUGUGACUACAUCUGGUUUCCAGAGCUCUAAGAAAACACUACACCUGACAGUAUAAGAAUCGUUUUCUGUGGAAGCAUUAAACCUGGUAUGGUUGAAGCCAAAACAUUCCGCAGGAGAAACAAAGUGACACUAAAAAAAAAAGUUUCCCUUCGCAUUCCUUCUCAAAUGACUUGCCCAUGUUGUAUAACUCUUUUCGAGCCCGUUCAUGUGACUUUUUUGCCAUGCACAUAUUAAUAGAACAAACAUGAUAUGUGUUAAAAAGUUAUAAAAAUAUAUUUAAUAUGAUCUGAAUGAGAAAUACAUUUUUUUAAUUUUUUUUGUUUUUGCAGAUGAUGCAGUUUUUUUAUGGAUACCAUACAACUGACCAUUAAUCAAUAAAAAAAAAAAAAAAUAGAAAUAAAAUAUUUUAGCAGAACAUCAUAACAAUAUUAUGGGAUGUGUUCAUUAAACAACAUGUAGUGAGUUGAGAACAUUAUUGUAAAAGAUCUAUGUUUUAAAAAUAUUAUCACAUCCCUUGAAAAGCCAUAUAUCAGCUCCCCACAAUCUGCUGUUGAGUACCCCCGAUACCUGAACAAAACUGCUUUAAUUUACUUGAAUGUAAGACUCAUUCUCUUACAAACAUCUGAAAUGUAGUGGGUGAUUGAUAAUAAGACUUAUUUCUUUCUCUCUUAUGCAGUUACUGCAUAUUAGUGCUAGCUUACUUCUGCUUGGAGUGUUCAAUCUUCAAACUAUACUUUAAUGAUGGCACAUACUUAGUGGUCAGCCAUAUAACUACCAUUUAGAGACGUUUGACAAGCCACAAAGCUAAAACCAAUUUCUUACUGAAACAAAGCAGAAGGAUUCUGUUAUUUCUAAAUUCAAAAUAAAAGUCAUGUUGUUAAAUCUAAUCCCCAAAUCUAACUUUCAACAAAUUUAUCAAAGUGUAUCAGUUUAAAAAAAAAAAGAAAAUCUGUGCAUUCUGUUAGUAAAAAUAGUAGCAAACAUAUAGCUUUUGAAAUACGUCAAUUUAAAAAUAUAGUCAUCUCCCACCUGUCAAUCAUUCUCUGUAUUGCGGUUUGACUUACAGAGUGAGCAGGAGAAUCCUCCUGUAGACAGGUAAUUUGCAUUUUGACAUGUUUGUUGGGGAAUACAGGAGCCAAGUGACUGAUGUCACAACAUUCUGAUGCUGAUGAACUGGGAAUGAAGACAGCAUAUUUUGAUGUUAUAGAGCAAGAAUGUUUUGUAUGGGGACCUGAGCCAUGAACAUGAGAAUAUAGGAAUAUAGUGAGACUAUAUAAGUGUUAACCUUAUAAAAACGGGCUUUGACUAUCUCCAAAUUCAUAUACAACUUCAACAUUCUUCACAACACUCUGCCUUGAAGAUCUGUGAUAUACAUCCAGUUUCUGUACCUAUACAUUCCAUGGAAGAUACCAAAAUCUGAGAGAAUUAAAUUUAAAUUAGCGGCAAUGCACCAUGAUUAUUGCAGCUUCUUAUAAUACCCGUAUACCAUUAUGUAUAUAUUUUUUUGCUUCAUGACUUAGUGUCUGUGGCCCGAAAAAAAAAGAGAUGAUUGCUGGUUGGGGUGAGCUACUAAAUAAAACAAAUACAGAAAGAAUUCAAUAAAUUGACAAAUGAAGAAAUAAGCCAGGGAACCACCAGACUAAAUUCUUAAAAUGCACAACUGAAUCCUGAAAAGUAACUGAAUGCUCAAAAUUGUGGUUUAUUAAAAAGGUGCAAAGAUUGGGUUGUCACAGUACUGCAAAAUAUUAUUUAUAUUUAUAUUUAUAUAUAUAUAUAUAUAUAUAUAUAUAAUGAUAAAUAAAUAUAAAUAUAUACAAUUGAAGGAAGGGAGCACUCAUCAGUCUUUAGACAAAAGUUGUGGCAUUUUAUUCAAAUAUUACAUCACGCAAAGUGCUUGAUCAAUGUUUCAACCCCUUCAGGUCUUUCUCAGGACCUGAAGGGAACCUGCCAAGAAUGGAGAACAUUGACGUUGUCGCAGGCUUAUGCAAUAUAUGAUCAUAUAAUGUAACUAAAACUCCAUAAUUUUUUGCCUAGGUGAGGUGUUUUAAAUUAAAACUAGUUCAAUCUGUGAGAUUUGAAAUCAUUGUUUAGUGAAUAAGCGAGUGCGCUGGAUUGUGUAUAUCUUGUAUGUUGUAUAUAUUGGCCCCAACAGCACCCUAUAGUGUAUGCAUGUUCAGGUGAGUGCAGUCCUAGCCAUCUUUUUAUUAAUUUAUAUAUAUAUAUAUAUAUAUAUAUAUAUAUAGUGAAAAAGUGAUCAGCACUCUCGGGCUUUAGAAGGUUAAAACUUACAGUUUAUUGAAACUCCAUUAAAAGAUCAACGUUUCAGUUCCUGUCUGGAACUUUCAUCAGGAUCAAGCAUAUAAAACAAGUAAACACAAUGCAUUUAUAUACCUAAAGUAUAAGUGAAAUUAGACAAAAAAUGACUUACCCCUGUGCUCAGAGUGGUGGGUGUGGAGCCCAUGGCGUCUACCAUCCCUCCGUGCGCAUGCGCAGACAUGGCCCCGCCCCUACGUGCCGUGAUGACGUCACGCGUUGCCGCAGCAACGCUAGAGUCACAUGGGGAAUAAAACCAGGAAGUGACUGGUAGUGAAUUACAUGUAUAUACGGUUGCUAUAGCAACCCGGCUAAAACGCUAAAACCUAUUGAAUUCAAUUUGUAUAGAGGGAUUUCUAUUGAAUUCAAUAGGUUUUAGCGUUAAUUCACUACCAGUCACUUCCUGGUUUUAUUCCCCAUGUGACUCUAGCGUUGCAACGCGUGACGUCAUCACGGCACGUAGGGGCGGGGCCACGUCCGCGCAUGCGCACGGAGGGAUGGUAGACGCCAGGGACUCCACACCCACCACUCUGAGCACAGGGGUAAGUCAUUUUUUGUCUAAUUUCACUUAUACUUAAGGUAUAUAAAUGCAUUGUUUUUACUUGUUUUAUAUGCUUGAUCCUGAUGAAAGUUCCAGACAGGAACUGAAACGUUGAUCUUUUAAUGGAGUUUCAAUAAACUGUAAGUUUUAACCUUCUAAAGCCCGAGAGUGCUGAUCACUUUUUCACUAUAUGCAUAUUUUCCCUGGAUUACAAGCACCCGGCCUACAUCAGUCUAUAAGCGUGAGUGCAAGGAUACCCUGUAUUUUAUCUAUAUAUAUAUAUAUAUAUAUAGAGAUCAAGUAGAGAUUGUAGCCGUAUAAGUCCAGUGAUGUAGAUGUAAAAAUCAGAUACAAUUCGUAUCUCCCUUCCCUUCUAGCACCAUCUUCUGCUCUGUUCGCUUGUUUUUUUUUUCUCUUUCUCCCCUCUCACUCUGUGAUAUUCACGACCCUCUGCAAGAAUGGUGUCUAGGUUCUAUCAAACCUGUGUCUUAACUGCACUCAUGUCACUUUAACCCCUGUAUCACAACUCAACUUUGAAUUCUAUGUGUCGUCUUACUCAGAAAUGCUUCAGACUUGAGAAAGGGAGGUUCUCUCAACAGCUUGUCAUAAAAUAAUUCUGUUAAUUCAAUAAAAAAGGUAUUACAGGAUACGAAUUGUAUCUGUUUUUUCCAUGUAUAUAUAGUAGUAGUAGUAGUAGUAUAUUAGUUUUUUCAACGUUUUGGUUUGCCCGAAUAGGUUUUUCUGAAUUCUUUGCAUGGACAAUAUUCAGAUGAGCUGAAAUGCUGCAUCAAUGAAAUACAGUCAACAGAAUCAAAUUUUGUUUUCAACUAAAUUUCAUUUUUCCUCCAUUACACAAUUUUUUAAAGACUGUAUAAUUACUCAUUCAGAUUUGUAAAUCUAAAACAGAUUUGUAAAAUUGGUUGAUAUCACAACAUUAUUACACUACCACACAGUUUGCAUUCAUGGGAACACCUCUCAGUAAUGGGAGUUUUUUUUUCAGCCUCCUCCCCCCUCUCUUGCCCACCUACAAAUUCAGUCCAGACCAGUCCACUGAUGACUGUAACAGGAUAUCAUUGUGUAGCAACACUUAGCUCCUUAUUUUUCAUGCACUAACACAAAUGUUUUUAGCCUCCAGAGUAAAGCAUCUGUCUCCUUUAAAGUGAUGCAUGUCCCCUCAAGUAGAAACAUAUUCAUACUAUUUACUAGUAGUCAAGCACGUGGAAUAUUUUCUGAUUAAACUGACUUGAAAAGCCUGGCCUAAGAGACCCUGAACUGAUACAAUUUCCAUUUUGAUGUAAACAAGCAGAUAGGUAAUGCUUCUCAAAAUCCAGUUUCUUCAAGUUAGCCAUCAAGGAGAAGUUAGAAAGAAUACCAUUGGAGGAAUAUAAGGACUACUAUUUGCAGGCACAUGCCAGUGAGCACAAAGUAACAUUAAUAAAUACAUGUGUGUGUGUGGCUUCUUCCAUAUGGUACCCAAAGUUAAGGAAUUAAAGUAGUGGAUGUUCUCCUGAUCCAUUCUUACCCAAGUGGAAUCCAAAGAAUGGUUUUCCAUUUCAACACCUUGUGUGUAGCAGGAUAGGUCUACAUUUUUGAUGGCCACAAAGAUGCCAUGCUGCCUCCUUGUCUUAUUGGCUAUAGGGUUAGUUGUAUAAAAAAAUAAUAUAGGGGUCUCCAAUUUCCUAUUAUAAGCGAACACACUAUUAUUAACACGUUUGGAUGACAGUUGUAUAUCAUCUCAUAGUAAAUAACGCUGUAUCAACUCCUAUAAACAUCCAUAUAAUAUAUAAUAAAUAAUUGCACUUUUUUGGUCUGUAUUAGGUUAAUAAAUUUAGUGAAACAACAUACUAAGCCAGUAACACUUGACACGGGAGAUGUUUCUCUAUAAGGACAACAUAACAUACGAUGAUGAUGCCUUUUUUUUUUAAGUUUUACAAGAUUUCAAUGCUACAGGUGUGAAGAACAGGAUAACCUACCUGAGUAAACGAAUAUAGAAGAAGAGAGAAGAAGAAGAUAGUGUGUAGUGGGAGUGGUGGGGAGAGGGUUCAUGUUUCUAGAGUGCAGGAACUCUAUGUGUCUUGGAGAUUUUGUAAUUAACUCUGAUGUAACCAACUACAUGUGCUGGUGUAUUGAAUAGGUCUCCUUGAUACUUGUGGUCAAGAUAAAGUACACGGACAUGAAAGAGUAAUCAGGAGAUCAGAAUGUACGCAUAUAUAGAAGUAAUUCACGUUACAUUUUAAUAUAAGGAAUGUCAAAAAUAACUUCCAGGAGUAAUCACUAAAGUGAGAAUUAUCAUUCAAAGUAAAUUCAAAUUUAAUUUUCUAGUACAGCCUUUUGGGCUUUAAACUUUGAAACUUUGAAUUCACUUUAAAUUCACUUUAAACUCUUAACAUUCAUCUCAUAGUAAAUAAUGCUUUAUCAACUCCUAUAAACAUCCAUAUAAUAUAUAAUAAAUAAUUGCACUUUUUUUGUCUGUAUUAGGUUAAUAAAUUUAGUGAAACAACAUACUAAGCCAGUAAUUUUUUUAAAUAGUUUAUAUUACAUUUUUUAAAUAAAUUUGGGGAAACCAAUAAUGGUAGAGGGUACAAAAUAGAAAAAGGGGAAAAUUGGGAAACAGUUUCUCCAUCUACAAUCAUAUACAUAAGGGAACACAUGACAUUUCAAACAAACAUGAAUAUGGCAUAAACCAUUAAUGAAUAUGAUUAUUAUGAGAACAUUCUAUGUUUUGUUACAUAUUUGUAAACCACUAAACCAAUAUAUUCUAAUGUAACAACAAAGGACUAAUACUAGGCUUAUUAAUUUUUAAUAAUUGUACAUAAUCACCAAAGCAUUACACAUUGCAAGAAAUACACAUACAGGCUACUUCAUGUAGCCACUGUGGCAAUUAAUAACGACAGCUUUUGUUAUGAUUUUAACAAAGGACUUUCACUGCAAAUAAGAAUAUGCAAAGCCACAGUCUUCUCUUGCUACAUCUGUAUGUGAUUAUUGUUGCAAACAUGUUCUAAUAUAAUCCAGAUGGACACACACCAAUGGAAAGAAAUAAAAUAAGUGUUAUAUUUUGCUAAUAAUUAAAGAGAAUUGAUUCCUCAAUACAUCUGUUCAGUAAAUGGCAAGCUCAUUCGAUGUUUCUUCUGAUUCACAAAUGAGUAAUUUAUGUUGCUUGCUUGAAAGCCUAAAGGGGAUACGUAUCAAAUGCUGCCUGCUGGUUCAGAGAAUAUUCAGGCAGAAGCACAUCUGUUUAGUGCAAAGGUUUUCAGAUGAUUUGUUCCAGUUUCAAAAGAAUAUAUUGCCAUUGCAAUAGUCAAAGCAUGGGCAUAGCUCUUCAGAUACUCAAUUUUAUUCGGAUAUGCGAUCCAAUUAAUAAUCAAUUUGUUCUAGAUUAACAUAUGCCAGAAAAAUAACUUCAAGAAACAAUGUAGACAAUUGGAUAGUCUUGAAAAGGGCUUUUUCAUCCUUGAGAUGACUUCUUUUUCUAAUAUAUUGUGGCCAUAAUGCAUUCAGAUAUGCAAAAUAAAUAUGGAGAUUUUAUGAUAAAAAAAUAUGCAAAGAAUACAAAUACAAAUUAAAAUAUGAAUUAAGGCAUACAAAGACAUAUAUUUUUUGCAAAUAUGCACCUUGUGGUGUAUUAAGACAAUGAGCGGAAUGCUGUGCAUAUCCCACAAAGCUGUUUACUAUAGUGAGAAUUCCAAAUUAAUUCCAAUUGAAUUUCAAAUUUAAGGUCACAAUAGCCUUACUGAAUUAGGAAAUAUCUAAGUCAGCUAUCUUUCAAUUCAGCUAAUCUUGCCUUGAAAUUGAAAUUCACUUUGAAUUCUCACUUUAGUUAAUGGCCCUUCCAGAAACGGGUGUCCCGAUGCCACAUAGUUCAGUUGUGCCAGGGGUUUUGUUCCUGAAAAUAAACAAAGCUGGUUUUACAAGCUAAUAACACAUUCAUGGGGGAUCUCCUGGCACCAUAACAUAUGCAAGAAAUAUACUUUGAUAAAUAGCGCACUCUUUUCAGAGUAUCUUAAAUUAUUUGACAUACUUUAAGGAUGUAGGGAAAACAAAUAUAUAUAGUAGAGAAUAUCUUAAUAAAUAACCAGGUAGCAGCAGGUGAAAUCAUGUAAUGUUUGAAUUCCAUUAAAGAAGUUGGUUUCAUGACUUGUAUUUAUAUUUCUCUGUGAAUCAAUCGCUAAGAUUCACCUAGACAUUUAGACUGUUGUUACAUAGGAUGUAACUAUCCUACUGUAACUAUCUAUCUAUCUAUCUAUCUAUCUAUCAUUUAUCUAUCUAUCUAUCUAUCUAUCUAUCUAUCUAUCUGUUGUAUAUUGCAUUAGGCAUUUGCAAGGAGAAAGCAGAACAAUCAGAACAAUGUCUAAAUAUAUUUGUUUUAUUUACAACAAAAUAUGUUAAACAUUGCUGUGUGCUUGGCUUUUUAGAUAAAAUUUUACUAAACAUGAUAGCAUUUACGAAAGUAUUUUUCACAUGUAAGUAGUUUUUUAAAUAAAAUCCCCACAGUAUCUGCCUUAACGCAGCACAAAUUAGCAUACACCGACGAUACAAAAAACAUGAAUAUUAAACAUGUGAUUUCACCAGUAAGUCAAUGGAGACAGAUCCACUCAUUGUUCGUUGUGUGUUUGUUUAAAGCAAAAGACAACAAAGUGUUGGAGAUAACAUCAGGAUGUGGAAUUUGUAAACCGAGAGAUGUGUUUAUUUCCUCAAGCAGAUGAUAUCAAAUAUAAUUCUAAUAAUACUGUAUCAGCCAUUUGUUUUUGUAUGAAAUAUAAGGUGCAUACACUCUCUAGACACCUCAAUCAAAGUUGGAAGAGAGCCAUUUGUCCUUGCACUUUUUUUGUGACGUGAUCAAGAGAAGCUGGCUGAGGGAAUCCAUACACCAAUAUAUUUUGAACAAAAGUGCUUUUGUCAUUAAAUAUUUGCCAGGUAGAAUACACGAUUUGCACAGUAUUUAAAAUAUAAAUGUUCAUGAUUGUUUGUUCCUUGAUGAAAGCAUAGAAAGUGUGCCAUUCCCAUUGCUUAGAUAUAUCUGAUCACUGAUGUGUUACUUUAGUAAAAGCAAAGUUCUCCGAUAUGGUCCUCUUCAUUCAAUGAACACAUAAUGUUAGGAGGGAUCUGGAGCCAGUUCUCUAGUAGUGUUUCUAUGUGAAAUGCUGCCUAGUACUCUACCAUUUCUGGCAUUUAAACAAAUCAUGAUUUCAUUUGGUAAUCCUUUAAAUGAAAUGGGCUUUAUUCAGCUUUUAUCUUCAGUUUAUACCACGUUUGUAUACAGCUACCUUGGUUGGAAAUAUCGGUUGCUGUAUUAUUAAAUUAUGAAAUUCAUCGGUCUUAGCCAACCUCAUAAACAUAAAUUGGCAAAGCAGACUAUAACCUAAUAAAGAUAUUGGCAUUACAUUGUGAUGUAUUUUAUAGAGUGUGAGCGUAAAUAUACCAAAGCUAUACAUGGUAAUCAGGAGGCUCACAGUGUAUCAAACCCAAUCAGCUAACCGUACAGAAAAAAGACACAGAAAAUAGUAUUAUUAACCCAUGUACGUUGGAACUCAUGUAUACAUGAUGGCCAGGGUGUGCACCCAUACACUGCAAUUGUGCAUAUUUGAUUAUAAGCAUUGCAUAUGAAAUUCAUUGAUUUUGCUGAUAGCAGAGUUGGUGUUACCUUUCAAGCACUAGCUUUGCUGAGUUCCCCUGCAGAUUCCUGCUGGUAGGGGAGGCUGAACAGGAAAAUACAGCCUUCCCACAUACAAUCUACUGACCCCCAAAUUGAACAAAGUCAACAUAUCACAUAACCCCUACCCCCACACACAAAAGGUCACCCUGUGACAUCACCCCAUCACCCACACACAUACACAGUUGCAAUAUCACAUCACCAACUCCCCUAACACAGUGUAACAAUAUCAUAUCACCCCCUUCUACACACACAUAAUCAGUUACCCUGUCACAUCACUCCCUCACCAACACACACAAACAGUCGCACUGUCACAUCAUGCCCCAGGCCCAUACACAUACUCAAUCACCAUAUCACAUCUCCCUAUCCCACACACACAAUCAGUCAGCCUGUUUCAUCACCCCUUCCCCACCACAUGCAGUCACUCUGUCACAUCACUCCCAGCCCACACACAUACAGUCACCAUGUCCCAUCACUCGCUCCUCCACACACACUCAGUCACCCUGUCACAGUCUCCCUCCUCCACCCCACACAGUCACCAUGUCACAUCACCACUCACACACAUUCACCCUGUCACAGUCAGUCACCCCCUCACUAUCCUAUCACACGGAGUCACCAUGUCACACUCACUCUGUCACAACCGCCCUGCCACAGUCACCCUCAUAAACACACGGGCACCAUUAGCUACACGCACCACUCCACAGACAGUAAACCUCAUAUUCAUACAAUCACCCCUCACACAGACAACACAGCCCCACUAAACACAAUACACAGAGUAAGACUACAUGCAGCCCCACAUUCACACAUCGCACUGCAAGCUACUCCUCCAUAUAUUUUAAUUUAAUAUUUUUACAACUUUGGGACAAUUUUUAUCAUUGAUAUAACAAAAACAUAAUCCUCAUAUUACACUUUGACUUACUCCAGCAAACAUCAAUUACUGUAACUAUAUAUCCAGCACAGUUAUUCUAAUAUUUCACUUAGUACACUUUUACUACACACAGUUGUAUCACUUACUAUACAGUAUUGAAACUGUCCUGUUUCUGGUGUUCUGCUAACUUGUAAAAAUAUGUUUUUUAACUGGCAGGGUUAUAUAUCAUAUUACCUCCUGUCCCGCUAAGAGAAUAAGCAGUACUACAGAUGCUACUGUGGCUGUCACGAGUAAACAGUGUUAACUAAAUUAUAUUAAGCUGGCAUUACAGGCAGUCUAACAGUUUAAAGAUUCAGGGAGAAACUAUCAGCUAAAUAUUGGUAUAAUUAUGUCUGGCAAUGAUCAAGCAUUCAAUGUAUUAAUAUUUUCCACAUGUUUGCUUAUACUAUGGAAUACUGGAAUCAGUUUUAUGUGUUUGAUAUUAGUUUAUGAAAAAGUUUUUGGCUCUGAAAAUGGGUAUUACUGGUAUUCAACAGGCACAUUCUCUUCUACAUACAUACUUAUACAAUUUCUCAUGUAAAAAGAGCAUUCUAUAUGUAAAACUAAUAAUGCAGAUAGACACAGAAGAAGUGCCAUUUUGAUUGCACCCAUCUACAUACAUGUAUUUAAAGGGAGAACUCAUAAUAUAUACAUACAUAUAUAUCUAUACAGAACUUUUCUGACACUCUCCUCAAACAAAGCUCUUAAGUUACAGCCUUGAUACUUAAACAUGAAAAAGAAACGUGGUAUAAAGGUGGCGCUAUGUCACCAAAUAGAACAGUGCAAAUAUAAAAUAAAGUACAAACAAAGAGGCUACAAGUGCGCACUAUAAAUGCAUGUGAACCAAUGUGUCUCUCUUGUGCAAAAUGUAAUAAAUAUUCAUAGACUGCAUAGGAACUGUGUCCAAUUUUUCUGCAGAAAAGAAAUGCUCACAAUAGUGCAAUAUAGUCUGUUAAAUGCCAUUUUGUUUAUGCAGAAGAAUUGGACACAGUUCCUAUGCAGUCUAUGUAUAUUUAUUACAUUUUGCACAAGAGAGACACAUUGGUGCACAUUCAUUUAUAGUGUGCUACCCACUUUGUUUGUAAUUUAUUUUAGAGCCUUGGUACUUGCCUGCACUCAUACAAUAUUUCAAUAAAUGGUAGUGAGUAUUGAUGUCCCGAACGGUUCGCCGCAGACGGCGAACAUAAACAUAAAGUUUGACCCUGUACCUCACAGUCAGCAGACACAUUCCAGCCAAUCAGCAGCAGACCCUCCCUCCCAGACCCUCCCACCUCUUGGACAGCAUCCAUUUUACAUUCAUUGUGAAGCUGCAUUCUUAGUGAGUUGUCCAGGAGGUGGGAGGGUCUUGGAGGGAGUCUGCUGCUGAUUGGCUGGAAUGUGUCUGCUGACUGUGAGGUACAGGUUCAAAGUUUACCGCAUAUGUUCGCCGUCCGUGGCGAACCGUUCGGCAAACCGUUCGGCAAACCGUUCGGGACAUCACUACUAGUGAGUGCUACCAUUUAUUGGAAUACCAUAUAUAUAUUUAGAAUGGAAUUUUUAUUUUGUAUAGAGGUAUUAGAAAUUGUCACAGAGUGCCUCUGUAGGCUUGGCCACUAUCCUUAUUCACCUCAGCAGGCGUUUCUCUAUUGAAGGCCGCUGGCUAGGUGACCCCGUGUGGGCCAGGACUUGUAUCAAUAUGGCGCCACAGCUCAGGGUACCAGCACGACUUCUCCUACACCUCUGGGCACUACUGGGACAACAAGAAGGAAGGAAAAGUGUAGCAUGGUUCCUCAAUGGGAGUGCAUCUAGGCCAAGAUGGAGGUGCAUAGGCAAACUGGGGUGACUUCUGCUAUGAGGUCGUUGGAACAGCUCCAAGCAUGCCUAGUGAGUGUCUCUUUACCUCACCACCCUAUUUAAAUCUACCCUCAUUCCUUGCUUUGUUGUCCUGUGAGUUACUGCAUUAAAUGUCACAAUGGUCACAUAUACUUUGACUUGCCUGUUACUGACUUUUGACCUGUCCUUUAACACCGAACCCUUGCCACUAGGACUGAUUUACUGUUUGAAUUUGCCCCACAUAUGUCUUUUUGUACCCUACAUAACCAGCCUAUAUCUACCAAAUGUGACAGAUAUUUAAUUAACCUACAUGACAAAUAUAAUUCUUAACAGACCUGGAUUUUAUUUUAUUUGUUUGUGGUGGAGGGAAGGGAAUAGCUAAAAUGUAUUUUUUCAGAAAACCAUAGAAAAAUAUGCCCAAAAAUAUAACUUUACAUAAAUUACAAAAAUAAAAAACCUUCAAAGACAACAAUAAAUUAUAUUUAUUGUACUUAACCUCUUCAUAUCUUCAUAGAGAAAACUGACUGUAACAAUAUCCCAUAUGGUAAAUUAUUUUCCUAGGGAAAGUUGUAAAGUGGUUUGGUCUUUAUGAGAGAAAAUGCAAUUGCGCAAGGAAACGCUACAUAUUCUUACGUGCAUCUGUUUGCUAUGAUUUUGGAAAGAAAUAGAUUAUGAUUAAUGCAGUUUGAUCCUAUAGGAUAUAAAGAAUGAAGACAUUUCUAUCCUUUCAGCUGGAAUUGACUUUUUAUUAAUUCCAGAACUGCAAAGAAUGUAAUAUUUCUUGUAAAAAAUAAACUGGGUUAAUACAAAAACACAAUAGAACUCUCAAAGCAAAAUGAUACCAUUACCCAAAAAAAGUUUAUUUUUAUUUUUAUUAUUUCUACUUGGCUAACAUAAGAAAAUGGAAUCUAGAAUCUUUUUUAGACCUUUUGGGUGGUAUUGAUACAUUUAAGAGGUGAUGAUAAUGACAAUCAUAUAGACACAGUAAGGUCAAAAACAGGCUGAUGACAAAUUAAGGCAAACAAGAAGAUAUAUAAACAAAAUGGAAUUCAAUCAACGAUUAUUUGAAAAAAGUUGCCAAGUAUCUGUGUCUGUAAUGCUAUUAUUUAAAAAAAUAUAUAUUGAAGGCUUUAUCCAAACAUGUCUGAAGUGGUCAAUUAUUAAGUCAUUUCAGGUCAGUUUUGGCAAUUAAAAGUCAGCCUUGAGAAGGAGCCUGUAGGCACCAAAAUUGCUAGGAAAUUAAUGACCUGUUAACUCGGUUAUUUUUCUCCUCUCCUACGCAUAAAUAUAGUUGUACACCGGGACAGUAGCACACUGAUUAGGAGGUUUAUUAACAAUAUAGCCAAAUAACACUAAACAAGCUAUAUGAGUCCCUUCUAGUUCAACUCCUUAUUUUUCGUACCCUCACGCCACUCAGUAUAUAAUGGCAACAAUGCUUCUACAAUAUGAUUUAGCAUGGGUCCUGAGGAUUCGCUUUUCUUGGCUGUCUCUUUUUUUUCCAAUAUCUUUGUUUUUUUAUAAAAUGGGAUAUAAGAAGCAAGAAAACUAUUGUCAAUAUUUAGGGGUAUACUCCUAAAUAGUGUUGAAGUUUGGUUAGUUUCGUCUGCUUAUAUUGAAUUAGCACUAAAUGAGCAUUUCUCAUGAUAUAUCACUCUUUGUCUAUUCAUUUUUUAGCUAAUAUAAAUUCAAAUAAGCUUAGUCCACUACAAGGAGGCAGGCGAUAAACUAUUUAGCACUAAGUUAAACAAAUCGAAUAUAAUUGAUAUUAACUACAAUGUGAUCGAGUCGUGGAUUUUAUAGAAUGUAGAAAGAAACAGGUGGUUUGUAUUAGCCAGAAACUGAUUAACACAGAGAGGGCAGCUGAGGAGAUAGGGUGUUACAAGUAUUCAAUAUCUCUAGAGACAAAUGAAUCAGAAAAUUUAGGACGGGAAACAUAUGCAUAAUGUUGUACGGCACAAUAGUAAGGUAUAGUAUGCAGGUAAUGUCAAGUAAAGCCGUUAGAAUCCUAGACUGAUUGGAAAGUUACAAGUAAUUAUAGGUCAAUGUGUCAAUAUAACGUAUACGUAUAUGAAAGUCAUAGGUCAAAUGUUAUUUAAAUGACAGAGAGUUUUGGCACAGGAAGUUGAGUGUUCCAGAGAGUGAAAACAGUAUAUCCUGCCUACUAUGUUUUAAAUAUAUUUAGCUAAGGGCUCAUUGGCAAACAGAACGAGUAAUGCAAUUACUACACAUCACUAUGGUAUAGUGUUCUGCAAUAAGAAGAUACAAAACAACAAAGUUACAUAGCUGAAAAGAGACAUGCAAAUAACACAUAAUUCUCUAGUGAAAAUGUACAAAAGAGAAUGAAAGCAAUAAACUCAGAGGGCCCUGACACUUUAUUUUAUAAACAUUUGCAGGGGAGAUCUUAGACUGCCCACCUCUAUCAAUCUGCCAGAUGUUAUACAUCCAAGCACCAGUUUGUUUCUUUUAUUUAUUUAUUUUUGCUCUGCAUCUAUCCAAUAUAGGGUUUAUUCACUAAACCAGUAAUUUGGUGAGUUGACAAGGAAUUGCACAUUUUAAGACAAAGUAACAUUUUACAGUCAGGCUAAUUCAGCCGUAAAUUUCUGAAUUCCUGGUCAGUUCUUAAACUGACCAGGAAUAAACUGAAUUUUCUGAAGUGUCUUGUUAAUACUUUCACAUCCUGGAAUCUAUUCCUGUAGAUACAAAACCACGUAUGAAGCAUGGUAUGUACAUAUAGGUAGAUAUCAUAUAGUCAAUCAAGUUCACAAAGACAUGAAUAAUGUGGGCAAAAACCUCAAAACCCAUGAAACCCUGUCCGCACAAUGCACUGCUGAAGAAAAUGAAACUAAACUGUGUGUAUUUUAGGGACUGAUUCACUCACAAACCUAACCACAAAGCAAUAUCCAUGUUAUUGAGACACACAUGACUAUUACUAAAGUGAGAAUUGUUGGGAAUUUAAAGUGAAUUUAAAGUGAAUAUAAUAUUUAAUGUCAAAAAAGCUGAAUUGAAAAUCUGAUUUUGCUUAUUUUAUGCUUCCAAUUUGGCUAUUGCAGCCUAAAAAUGUAAAUCCACUCUGAAUUUCUGACGAUUCUCUCUUUUGUAAAUAACCCUAUCAAAUAUAUAAACUUUUCAAUAAAAACUACUUAAAAAGAAUUUUAAAAAACAUGCAAAAUGUACAUUACAUGAAUAUUGCUCACAGGUCUAAAAUAGUCUUAACAGGCUUAAUCACCAAACACCGGACUUUAAUAAACUAAACCAGAAUGGUAAGUUUAAUGCUAAAACAAUUAUUACAGAAACAUUAUACAACCUUGUUAUAGUCACAGCCUGGGCAAUUUGCCAUUCGGAAUUAAUUCACUCAAAUUCAGCUGGUUAGUGGGUAACCCUGCGUGUGUAUUGCUGUAAAAUGAAAUCCUGUUUUAUUACAUUGUGUUACAUCUUUGAACGCCUUACUCCUGAGAGAUACCAGACACAGUGUCACAUCCUCAUAGCUGUAAAGUGAAGUACUAAAUAUAUUUAGUUUGUAUGAUUUUGUUGAGCAAUAUUGUGUUUUCAAUUGUUCCAUCCAGAGCAACGCACAUGUGUAAAUGAAGAAUGUAUAAAACAGUUGAGCCUUUAAACAAUUGUAAACUGGUAUAUCAAUAAGAAUAGUUGAAUCUGUUCCCUUAAAAGGAAAAGUAUUAAGAGAAUCAUUUCAGGAAGCAAUGGUCACGUGUUUCAAACAUAAAUACUACAGAUCAAAGUGAUAUCACCAUUUAAAGUAGACCGGUUAUGGAGAGACUCUUACAUUAAUUAAGGCAGCUUAAAAACAAUAUGUAAACGGUAUGGUCUUUUAACAUUUGUUUAAAUUGUUGAAAGAGGUUUGACAUAUUUUAGAAACACAUUUUGACUAAAGUUUCCUGUCUCAUGUCUGACAGCACUAUGUUUCCCAGCAUACAGCUGACUUCCUCAUCUUCCUGGGGCUCUUUAUCAAUCCUUUACUCUGGUUUGUGACUGUUUUUCGACAUUCAUAGUUAGAUGUGUGCCUUUUUAUUUAGUGUAGUAGAGGGGAAAUCUAAAAAAGAAAACAAUUGAUAGUGGUUUGCAGAUUUUUUUUUUUUUUACUUUCCUUUGUUCACCACUAUGUGUUUAUUAUAAAACAUGCAAAUAAAAUUUAAAACUAUACUUUAUUUUGUAUUGCUUUUUUUUUUUUUUAAUUAUGGGAAUGCAUCACUAUCUCGUCAGCAUGAUUUAGUAGAUCAUGUCCCCGAGAUAGUUACCAUGUGCACAUGGUUUAUCUAAUUUAAACGCAUAAUAUAGUUAACUCUUGGCACAAUCUACUAAACUGUGCACACAAGAUAACGAUAUACUAGAUCACAGGGCCAAACCCGUGGCAACGCUCCGACCCCGCGGCUCUCGCAAGACUUACAGUGGGAGCUGACCGGCACGGAGAUGAAGGGAGCUGACAGGAGCUGCAGGAAAGGUAAGUUACAGCUCUCUGCCAGCCACCAACAGGACCGCCGGGCUUGUAAUGAGCCCGGUGGUCCUGGUCUGUAUUAUGGCAAUGUAAGUUGCCAUAAUACAGAUGGUGACUCGAGUAUAAGACGAGUGGGGGGUUUUCAGCACAAAAAAUGUGCCGAAAAACUCAUCUUAUACUUGAGUAUAUACGGUAUAUGUUUCUACAAUAGGGUUACUUGAUCUUCAGAUUUUUAUUUGAACACUUUCAGUGCCGUGUGGGGGUGCAGAGCAAAUUUUAACAUAGAUGAACUUAUUGCGUAUGACAGUUUUAUAAUUCCCCAAAAAGAAAAUAAUCAAAAACAAUGGUUUCUAACAUUGAAUGUAUUGUAGUGUAACACAUUUGAUUGUUUUUGCAAAUUUAUAUACCAAAUGUAUAUCAUUCCCGAUGCUUGUGAGUAAAUGGAAUGAUUUUGUAAGAUAAAAAUAUUAAUUAUGUUUUUCUAGGUUUUCACCUGCAAUCUUCUGUUACUUGAUUUCCAUAGCACCGUCUCUCUGGCUUCUUGAACUAAAUCACUCAGAGGUAAUGUAUUCAAUAUAAUACCAUAAUAUAUGAUAUUAUUGUAAUUAAUAGAAAAUAAAUAUUUUCUUUUAAAGAUUUUUAAAAAAAAAAUGUAUAAUGAUAUUGGUACCUUACAGUAAUAUGAUUGAUUUAUGCGAUGGAACUUUGUCUUGGUAUUCAAAAAAGGUGGACUCAAGCCUUGUCAAAUAUUGUCAUGCCCUCAGCUGUCUCAAGUGAUGGCUGAGGAGAAAAGUCUCUGUUUAGGGAGGAUCUCGCGAAAAUCAGCUGCGAUGUCACCAAAGGAGGUCUUUGUAAACCAUGCAAAGACUCCAGGCGGUGACAGAGAAACUUAAUAUUUGAAAAAUUUACUUUUAUCACACAUAAGCUUCAACACAGAACAUGAAGAUGUAACAAGGGUAUUCCUGGUCAGUACAAGAUAAUCAAGUAAGAAAUAUGUUAAAAGCUACUGAAAGUAUGUUGUGUGAAGUACAAUUGCAUUUUUCAUAGGUGUAGUCAAACAAAUGCAAACAUAAAAGUAAUACAAUGUACAGUAUAUAAAAUGGCAGUAUCGAAAGACCCAAGAAUACAUUUUGCAAAACACCCUUUCUGUAAUGAAAUGUAUUCUUGUAUGUCGUUCACUUUCUUAUUAAAUCGAUUGAUACUAAUUUAUUAUUAUUAUUAUUAUUAUUACAAUUAGUUGACAGAUCUCUAUCGUGUUUGGCUGCAGUUAGUCUAGUCUUGCAUAUGGAAAAAUUAAAUAAUUAGGAUAGGAUGGUUAACCCCUACAUUAUCAAGCGGUUUGCAGAAAAAAAUCCCACAAUUCCCCACAAUCCGAGUACUUUGGCUGUCCUGGAAAGUAGUGUUUAAAUUUACUUUUCAUUUCAGUUCUCCAAAAUAUCGCAUUAUUUAAUGGAAACAAAAAAAAACAUUUUUUUAUCUGGAUUGCAAAAAUUAAUUGACCAAUUCAUGAGGUUACAGAAAAAAAGAGUUUUAAAUAAAUAACUUUUCUUAAUAUGUAACACAGGCUUAUUUCCUCACAUCUAUAAUCUUCGUCUAUAAUCCUCUUACCUAUGCAUUGUGUGUAUAUAUAUCCCGAUGUAUAUUGUAUAUGUUUCCACAUUACAAUAACAUUACCUAUAGCAUAUCACCCUCACAUUGCAGCCAUGUUGCCACUUUGGUCACACGCAAAUGCCCACAUACACACACUGAUACAUGCAUGCAUAUAUACACUUUGAUAUAUGCACAUACUUACACUCGAUACAGGCCUACACAACCACACUCUGAUACACACACAUACACACUGAUGUACACAGACACAAUGACACACAGACACUCCCACAUUCAUUGACAGAUAGAGUCACACAAUCACAGUGCAGUGGCGGAUCCAGAGACUGAUCUCGGGAGGGGCUCUUUUAUAUUAUUUAAAGAAAUAAUCCAUGCACAAUAACCACUACAGCUCUGUGUAGCGGUUAUUGUGCCGGGACCCCCUCCCAGAGUAAGUAGUCAAACCGUUUAAGAACAGUUUGACAACUUACAGUGUAUGGGGGCAGUGUAUGUGUAUGGGGGCAGUGUGUGUAUGGGGGGCAGUGUGUGUAUGGGGGGACAGUGUAUGUGUAUGGGGCAGUGUGUGUAUGGGGGCAGUGUGUGUGUGGGGCAGUGUGUGUGUGUAUGGGGUAGUGUGUGUAUGGGGGGCAGUGUAUGUGUGGGGGCAGUGUGUGGGGGCAGUGUGUGUAUAGGGCAGUAUGUGUAUAGGGGCAGUGUCUGUGUAUGGGGGCAGUGUAUGUGGGGGCAGUGUAUGUGUAUGGGGGCAGUUUUAUGUGUGUGUGGGCAGUGUGUGUAUGGGGGCAGUGUAUGUGUGGGGGGCAGUGUAUGUGUAUGGGGCAGUAUGUGUGUGGGGGCAGUGUGUUUGUAUGGGGCAGUGUAUGUGUGUGUGGGGGGGAAGUGUGUGUGUGUGGGCUGUUUAUGGGGGGCAAUGUGUGAAUGUGUGGUUAGGAGGGUAAGGGGGCAUUUUGAUAAAAAUAAAUAAUGUAUAGAAUUAAAUAAAUGUAUGUCCCUCCCUUCUUACCUUUACUGGGAGGAGGGGGGACAUAUUUCGAUCCCUGGUGGUCCGGUGGGGAAUCCCUGGAGGUCCAGUGGUCAGAGUGAACUCCAUGCUCACGAGAGGAGGACCAGGCGGAGCUGCAGGCUGAGCUCCCGGGUCCUCUCUCCCUGCCCAGCCGGCUGCCAGCACGGUUCCUGCGGACCGGGGAGGGAGAUCUGUGGCAGAGGAGAAUCUCGGGGGUGGGCAAUUGCCCCGUUUCCCCCCCCCGGAUCCACCAGUGUCACAGUGUGUAUCUGGAAGUGUGUAUUGGUACCUGUGUGUGCAUGUCUGGCAGUGUGCCUAAGAUUGUGCAUCUAUCAGUGAGUAUCAUUGUGAGUAUCAGAAAUGUGAGUGAUAAAAAUAAAACAAGGUUAAUAAAACAUGGGCAGCUACACACCACCGAGAGCAACUUCAAACUGGGAAGGAGAGCGGCUCACCCAUGAACCCUUGAAGCUGCAUAACCGUGGCCGGUAACUUUAAAAAAGGCCAAAGUAAUCUUAAAGGCACAGCAACUAAACAAGUGAAAAGAAGGAAAUAACAGCGAAACGUCUACGUGUUUCGUCUCCAAGGUGAGACUUUAUCAAGACAUGGGCAAAUGAGACAAAUGCUCUCUUAUUUACCCUGUGAGUAGGCACAAUCAAAACCUGAAUAAAAAGAGACAUGGAAUCUGACAAACAUAUAAUAAACAUACAGUAUAAUAUGUUUUAAUCCAUAAAUAAAAAAAAACAGUGUACCACAAAAAUAAAAAUAAUAUUAAUGAAUCUGACGUGCUAAAAACUAUUUUUUUUUUAAAUAUCAAUAUCUAUGACCAAAAAAAUAAAUAUAUACAGUAUCUCACAAAAGUGAGCACACCCCUCAAAUUUUUGUAAAUAUUUUAUUUAUUUUAUUAUAUCUUUUCAUGUGACAACACUGAAGAAAUUACACUCUGCUGCAAUGUAAAGUAGUAACUGUACAGUCUAUAUAACAGUGUAUAUUUGCUGUCCCCUCAAAAUAACUCAACACACAGCUAUUAAUGUCUAAACCGUUGGCAACAAAAUGAGUAUACCCCUAAGUGGAAAUGUCCAAAUUGGGCCCAAUUAGCCAUUUUCCCUCCUUGAUGUCAUGUGACUCGUUAGUGUUACAAGGUCCCAGGUGUGAAUGGGGAGCAGGUGUGUUAAAUUUGGUCUUAUUGCUCUCAUACUCUCUCGUACUGGUCACUGAAGCUUCAACAUGGCACCUCAUGGCAAAGAACUCUCUGAAGAUCUGAAAAAAAAUGAUUAUUUCUCUACAUAAAGAUGGCCUAGGCUAUAAGAAUAUUGCCAAGACCCUGAAACUGAGCUGCAGCACGGUGCGUAAGACCAUACAGCGGUUUCACAGGACAGGAUCCACUCAGAACAGGCCUCGCCAUGGUCGACCAAAGAAGUUGAGUGCAUGUGCUCAGCGUCAUAUCCAGAGGUUGUCUUUGGGAAAUAGACGUAUGAGUGCUGCCAGCAUUUCUGCAGAGGUUGAAGGGGUGGGGGUCAGCCUGUCAGUGCUCAGACCAUAUGCCGCACACUGCAUCAAAUUGGUCUGUGUGGCCGUUGUCCCAGAAGGAAGCCUCUUCUAAAGAUGGAGCACGAAAAAGCACGCAAAUAGUUUGCUGAAGACAAGCAGACUGAGAACAUGGAUUGCUGGAACCAUGUCCUGUGGUCCGAUGAGAUCAAGAUAAACUUAUUUGGUUCAGAUGGUGUCAAAAGUGUGGGGCGACAACCAGGUGAGGCGUACAAAGACAAGUGUAUCUUGCCUACAGUAAAGAAUAGUGGUGGGAGUGUCAUGGUCUGGGCCGGCACUUGGGAGCUACAGUUCAUUGAGGGAACCAUGAAUAUCAACAUGUACUGUGACAUACUGAAGCAGAGCAGUAUUCGGAGACUGGGCCACAGCGCAGUAUUACAACAUGAUGAAGACCCCAAACACACCUCCAAGACAACCACUGCCUUUCUAAAGAAGCUGAAGGUAAAGGUAAUGGACAGGCCAAGCAUGUCUCCAGGCCUAAUCCCUAUUGAGCAUCUAUGGGGCAUCCUCAAACGGAAGGUGGUGGAACGCAAGGUCUCUAAUAUCCACCAGCUCCGUGAUAUCAUCAUGGAGAAGUGGAAGAGGACUCCAGUGGCAACAUGUGAAGCUCUGGUGAACUCCAUGCCCAUGAGGUUUAAGGCAGUUAUGGAAAAUAAAUGUGGCCACACAAAAUAUUGACACUAUAGGCCCAAUUUGGACAUUUCCACUUAGGGGUGUACUCACUUUUGUUGCCAACGGUUAAGACAUUAAAGGCUGUGUGUUGAGUUAAUUUGAGGGGACAGCAAAAUUACACUGUUAUACAGGCUGUAUACUUGCUACUUUACAUUGUAGCAGAGUGUCAUUUCUUCAGUGUUGUCACAUGAAAAGAUACAAUAAAAUAUGUACAAAAAUAUGAGGGGUGUACUCACUUUUGUGAAAUACUGUAUGUUAAAAAUGGAUCUAACUUGCUGCAAUGAAUAUUUUUAAAAUCUUAAUCAGAAUAUAUAAAAUGCACCAAAUAACCACAUUAGUGACCUAAACGUCCUUUACACCAAUGGCACAAAACUUAGCCCAAUACAUUAAAUGAAAAAACAUUUCUAUUUUUAUUAUUUAAAAAUACUUUAAAUUGGAUCUAUUUCCUCAUUUAAACCAAUAAGGGCUUAAUGCCUUCAUUUUAAAGAUCCAUUUAGAUUCAGCAACCAGUGCUCUCUUUCUUUUCACCAAAUCUCUCUUAAGGGGGUAUCCAUUCUAUUCCCAUGACAAAAAUACAAGCAGGAUUAUCAUGGACCAAUUCAUGAUGGCAUGCCACUGAUGAUUUUUUAUCUUUAUAUAGGAUGCCAAGCGGUGCUCUCUAAAUCUUACUUUUAAGGAUCUGGUCAUCUGCCCCACAUAAUGUAAUCCACAUAUGCAAGUUGAUAAAUAAACCAUAUAAGAUGUGUUGCUGUUAAUUCUUCUUGAGACUACAAAUUUGUCACCCCCAAGGAUAGGUCCAAUAUAUGCAGUUUUAUGACAUAUGAAGUUGCAUGUCAAGCAGCUCGAUUUCCCACAACAGAAGUUCCCGAUUGUCAACUGCAUCGAGGACUGAGAACCAGACCUUGAUACAUAUUUGGAGAGGGGUAAAAUGGUUUUUAGGUUUUUACUUUUUAUGAAGGUAACCCUGGGGAUAUUGGGAAUGUUAAAUUUUCACUAUGGGUGUAGUUAUAGAAUGGGCCAAUGUUUGUAUAAAAUCCCAAUGAUCUCAUCAUAAGCUUCAUUAAAAUAAGUGCAUACAAAUCCAGCCUUUAUUUUCUAGAACAUUCUUAGUGCUAAUGUUCAAUCUGUUUCUGGUUCACUCUUUCAUUGUAUCGCCAGCAUUAAGUAAUUCUAAAAUCGCGUAAUGAUAGUUAGAGUGUGAAAUACAAGGACUGGGAAAUGCAUGUCUUUCAUCACCAGUACUCUUAAUACAACCUUCUCUUGACAUAUUUCUCACUUUAUUAUAAUCUACCUUAAUCCCUGACUUAAAGUAAAUGAUUCCUACUCAAAAUUCUUCAAAAAUGAUCAAUUUCUACAAAUAUGCAUGAGUUGUUCCAAUGGAAUGUUGUCCACUGGAAGCAUGGAGGAAGCCAUUAAAGUCAACUAUAUUUUGAAAUGUUUUGGUGAAAAUAUCCUCUGCAUCUCCACUGAGGGAUAGGUUCAAAAAUUUGAUAGUGGACCUCAUCAAUGAACUGGCAAUAAUAAUCCCUUACUAAAUAAGCGUAAGAUGGAGCAAUGCUCACCUCCAUCGCUGUGCCUUUGACCUGCAAAUAAUAUAAAAUAAAACUUGCGUCCACUUGCUCAUGGUGGAGGAGUGGAUUUGAAAACAAAUAGCUAUGCAAGGCUUGCAGUCUGAUAGUAUGACUAAUAUUGGUAUACAAGGCUGGUAUGCAUCAAUAGUUAGCCAACUAAAAUUCUCUUCCUUCCCACAUCUUUAAUCAAAGAGAGUAAAUGUCCUCUAAUUCUAAUACAGGAGGGUAGGUUAUUAACAUACUGUUGUAGAUGGAAGAAUACCCAUUUGGACAUACGGACUGUAUGCGACCCAAUAGAUGACAUUAUAGGAUGUCCAGGGGGAUUCUCAAGAAAUGUUUAGAUCUUUUAUUAUGGCAGAUAAUAAAAGAUAGGUACAUCACCAGGAGUUGAUAGCAGGAAACCUUUUUUAUUUUUAUUUAGUGAGCCUCUAAUGUAAACUGACUUAACCAGUGCAUGCAUGUUAAAAUGCAAAUUGUGCAGUGGGAUCGACUUUCAGCUGCCGGUAGUACUCCCUAUCUCCUAAAAUUCUGCUAGCUUCCUUUAAAUAAUCUGCCCUGUUAAGCAAGACUAUCCCCCCUCCCUUUAUCAGGUUCCUUAAUGAUAAUCUCGGUGUUAUUUUUCAAACUUUUUAGGGCACCUUUUUACAAAUUAUUGUUCAGGGAGCCUUUAUUUUCUUGAACAGAGAUGCAAAGCUUUUUUAUAUCCUCUAAUAUGAAAUCAUAAAAAAUAGUUAUAUAGUGGCCCUUAUCUUCUUGUGGGUAGUAAGUGCUUUUAAUCUAGAAGGAAUAUUUUCAUUUAUAACCUGCAGGGCUUCACCCUUCAGUUCACACUCCUCCUGUGCAUUUAAGCGAUCCUAUCUUUGGGGCUAUUGCAAUGUUUUAGACAGUGUUCCAGACUAUUGGCUUCCUUCAAAUUGAAGGAUCUAGUAAGUGUAAGUUUUCUCACAAAAAGAUUCAGGUAAAUAACUCAAGGGCAUUAGGCCCUCUAGAGGGAGCAACAUGUAAAUCCUUAAGACAGUUUUAGUCUAAUUUGCCCAUGUCUUGAUAAAGGCUUAUGUUGGAGACGAAUAGAAUAGAUGUUUGGUUGUUAUUUCCUUCUUAUCACUUGUUUGGUUACUGUGUCUGUAAGAUUACUGAGGCCUAUUUUGAAGUUACCAGCCGUGGAUAUCUAGUUUCAAGGUUGAGCAGCUCUCCUUUCCAGUCUGCUGCUGGUGCCCCAUCUGUGCAUCCUGAAGAUUGACUGUGCCUAUACUGGGGCUUUGAAUCAAGCAAGGCAGUCUGGGACGGAGCUAUUGGUGCCUAAGGGGAGAUUCCCUCUACAUCAUCUGGUCUUGCAGAUCUCAGCAUUUUUGGGGGAUUUUUUUUUUUGUAGUGAAAAAUCUCUCUAGGAACAAGUACAUGUGAUGUGCAGCUGUCUCACCCCGUUGUGGACACAGACUUUGAGUCCCUAUUUUAUAGGCAUAGAGUUAUGAAUUACAAUAUUGCUAUUGAUACAACUCAUAUAUGUUUUAUGUAUGUGAUUUAUCUUUACAAUGGCAUUGUUUUGUUUUAGUUGCAGAGAGCAAUUGAGCAUUUAAUGGAUGUAUCCUUUGCUCAUUGACGCUAGUUUAUUUUUUCUUUGCUGAUUUCAGCAUUGCUACUGUCAUUUAGUAUGCAUGGAUUGUUUCUAUCCUUCUGCCAGCGAGUGUUUCUGUUUCAAGCCAGUUUGUUACUUUCUGUUUUUCUGAUUGUAACAAUUAUUUUUGGUUAUUCUGUUUAUGUGCUAUGUAAUUUGUUUUUAUGUUGCUCAGUAUCGUUCUAUAUGAUUUUUAUGAAAUGUGUUAUUGGAUUGGUUUUGGUGUACACUCACUUUUCACGUUCCUUGUGAAUCUCCAUCCAUGACUGUGCCUUCAAAGCAUAUCUAUAACUGUGUGUGUCUGUGUAUCUCUGUGUCUGUUAGGGUAUGUGUUGAGAGAGCCUGCAGUGUGUUACAUGUAUGGGGGAGGCUACAUGUGGUCUUACUGUGUGCAUUGUGUUUACAGUGGCUUUGUGUUGUCUGUGUGAGGGGUGAUUGUGUGAGUAUGAGUGUUACUGACAGUGUGGUGGUGCUUGUGUGUUUGUGAGGGGGACUGUUAGAGUGUGGUUGUGACAGAGUGAGUGUGAAUGACUUUUGCAAUCAAUGUGACUGUGUGUGAGGGGUAAGUGUGGGAUGAACUUUGAUAUGGUGAUUGUAUGAGUAUGAGUAUAAGGUUUAUGAGGGUGACUGUGGCAGGGUGGUUGUGACAGAGUGAAUGUGAAAGGGUGACUUUGGCAAUGUUACUGUGUGUGAGGGGUGGACAGUGACAUGGUGACUGUAUGUGAGGGAAUAGUUAGGUCGGUGACAUGACAGGGAGAGUGUAUGGCUGAAAGCAGACAGCUCAGAAUGUCCUGUUCUGGUUUCUGACCAGGAGAGAGUAAUUGCCAAGUUCUGCUCUCAGUCAGAGGAAAGCCUGCACAGUGAUCAGUGCAGUGCCCUAUCUCCCUGCGGGCCCAUGCUGCGUGGGGGACUCUGGGGCUUGAAAGGUAGCACAAACACUGUUAUCAGCAAAACUAUUGCAAAUAAAGUUUUUUGCAAUGAACAAAUUUAAUUUCCAAUGAUUCUAAUCAUGUAUACACGAUUGCUGUGUAUGGGUGCAGACCCUGGCAGAGAAUUGAGCAGUGAGACUGCAGGGGCAUGAUCUAUACAUCAAGGCUGCCUCAUUAAGCUAAAGUUCUUUUGGUGACUGUAGUGUCCCUUUAAUGUGUUAAAGAGAAGAGAGGGACCAUUUUUAAAUCAUUUUGAAGUUUUUGAAUUAUACAUUAUACAAAUCAUUGCCUGGAAAUUAUAGACCUGUGAGCUUAACUUCUGUGGCUGGGAAAAUAUUUGAAAGGUUGUUAAGGGAUAAUAUUCAAGAAUUCCUUGAGAAGAACAUGGUUAUCAGCAAAAAUCAGCACGGUUUUAUGAAGCACAGGUCAUGUCAAACUAACUUGAUUGCAUUCUACGAAGAAGUAAGUAGAAGUAUAGAUCAGGGUGUUGCAGUGGAUGUGAUCUAUUUGGAUUUUGCCAAGCCAUUUGAUACAGUUCCACACAAUAGAUUAGUGUUCAAACUCAAGGAAAUCGGUUUAGAUGAAAAUGCUUGUUCUUGGGUAGAACAUUGGCUUAAAAACAGAGUACAGAGAGUUGUCAUAAUGGUAAAUUUUCAAGCUGGAAAGAGGUGGCAUGUGGUGUCCCUCAGUGGUCUGUUCUGGGAGCCCUUCUAUUUAACAUGUUUCUAAAUGAUCUUGAAGACAGCAUUAAAAGUCAUGUUUCAGUGUUUGCAGAUGACACAAAACUCUGUAAAAUAAUAAAAUGUGAGCAAGAUAUUACUUUGCUGCAUAGGCAUUUAGAUAGACUGGGGGACUGGGCACUCAAAUGGCAGAUGACAUUUAAUGUUGAAAAAUGCAAAGUUAUGCACUUCGGCGUAAAGAAUACACAAGCAACGUAUACCCUUAAUGGAAGCGAAUUAGGGAUAACAACACACGAAAAGGACUUGGGAAUUGUUAUAGACAACAAACUAUGCAACAAUGUGCAAUGUCAAUCAGCAGUGGCCAAGGCCAGUAAGGUAUUGUCAUGCAUGAAAAAGGGCAUUCAUUCUCGGGACGAGAAUAUCAUUUUGCCUCUUUAUAAAUCACCGGUAAGACCACAUAUUGAAUAUGCUGUGCAAUUUUGGGCACAUGUUCUAAAGAAGGAUAUUAUGGCACUUGAAAAAGUGCAGAAGCGGGCUACAAAAUUAAUAAAAGGAAUGGAACAUAUCAGCUAUGAAGAAAGGUUAACAAAUUUAAACCUAUUUAGUUUAGAAAAACGUCACCUGAGAGGGGAUAUGAUAACAUUAUACAAAUGUAUUCGGGGGCCAAUACAAACCGGAUUUACAUAUGACACGAGGUCAUGCGUUUAGACUGGAAGAAAGAAGAUUUCGUCUAAGGCAAAGAAAAGGUUUUUUUACUGUAAGAACAAUAAGGAUGUGGAAUUCUCUGCCUGAAGAAGUGGUUUUAUCAGAGUCCAUACAGAUGUUCAAACAGCUACUAGAUGCAUACUUGCAAAAACAGAAUAUUCAAGGAUAUAAUCUUUCAAUGUAGGGUAAUAACUGUUUGAUCCAAGGAUAAAUAUGACUGCCAUUCUGUGUCAAAAAAUGAUUUUUUUUCCUAGCUUGUUGCAAAAUUGUGAUUCAAACUGUAUUUUUUUGCCUUCUUUUGGAUCAACAGCAAAAAACAAAUGUGAGGAAGGCUGGACUUGAUGGACGGAAGUCUCUUUUCAGCUAUGUAACUAUGUAACUAUGUAACUAUAUUGAAAAUUAUAUGAGGUUAAUCUCAACAAAAGCUGUAACAGAGAUGAGCAGUAAUUCUUUGAGAGGUGUAAUAAAUUGCCAAGACUCUAACUACUGCAGCAGUAUGAGUCCAUUGUUUCUUCUCUUAAAGCCAUCUGGUCUUGUAUAGAGGAAAUUGCUGUUCCAAAUAAUUUAAAUGGUUUACAGCUAUGUUUUUUUUUGCAAUAAAUACCUUUGCUAUUAUGAAAUUGUACACACUUCACCUCUGCUUUCUGAGCAGAUGCAAUAAAAGUUACAUUUCACAUUGUGAUGUGUUCUUAAAAUCAAUCUUAAGGACUUUUAUUAAAACAAAUACAUUACAAAGUCUGUAAGCUUUGUAAAACAAUAAGCUUUUAGGACAAGAUUUAGUAAACUACAGGACUACAGCUGUUGCUGGACUAAUUCUUUACUAUCAAAAACCAAAAAAUGUAACUGCAUUCAAACCAUAAAUAGAGCCUGCAUGCAACCAAACGUGGGGCCAGCACCAAGGCCCAAGAAGUAGUUUGUAGUCACUGAAGAAAGAAAAAGGUCCAGGCACUCUAAGACUUAGAUCUGCAUUUUAUUGAACUACAGUGUCCAGCAGCAACGUUUCAACCCGACGGGCUUUUUCAAAUUGGCCUGAAAAAGACUCUAUGGUCGUAACGUUGCUACUGGACACUGUAGUUCAAUAAAAUACUGAUCUCAGCCUUGGAGUGCCUGGACCUUUUUUUUUCUUCAGUGACAACAAGCUAAUUCUUUACUGUCCACUGACCACAGCCACAGUACACAAAUUAAUUUCAAAUUCAGCUGCUUAAGAGCUUACACUUACUGAGAUUCAAGUUUCUGAAUGUUUGUGUGCAGUACAAUUUUGUUGUUACUUUAUAAAUGUAUUUAUCUAUAGAUCUUGUUUAUUUGAGAACUGAAUGUUUUAGAAGACACUGAAUGUGGACUUUCUUUCAACACAUUUUUUGUUUUCUAAAUAUAGAGAUAUUUUUAUAUCUAAUUGAAUUGUAACCAUGCCAGUAGCAUGAUUUUAUAUUUACUUAAAUUAAAAUAUCUUACCUUACUAAUUUCAAUUUUUUGUAGAGCUCUCUGCUCUACCUUAGAAAAACUCUGAAUUCCUGUCUCAUAUAUUUCUAUAGAUAUUAACUAGUAAUUAUAUGAAUAGCAUCAAUGUCACACCAAGGGUGCAUAAUUCAUUGUUGCACAAUAUAAUAUUACCAAUUAAUGUAAUUAUUGUAGUGCAUAUAUGAAUUGGCCACUUGGUUGCAAGGUUAGAUGACAGAAGGGGUAAUGUAAAUUGCAUAGGAAUGUGAAAGGGGGCAGAUGUUUAAUAUAUGGAUUGAUCCUUUGAUUAAUCAAGGUGUGAGAAGUCACACAUAAGUGGCCUGGAAGUCUGGUUUAAAUUUAAAUAAACUCUCUAAAUUGCCAUAUGUCUAGAUUCCCUCUUAAAUUCUGCCUUUGUCUGGUAAAGAAUCACGUUACCUGAAGAGACUAAUUAGUGUUUUGCAAUUGCUUAGAUAUUGUGCUAAGUUGUAUUUGGUGGGUUUUAUUAUUAAGUUGCCUGGGGGACCAAGGCACCCCAUUUAUAAAUUGUCUUGGUGGUGGCAGCAUUAAAAUAGUAAUAUUUAUAUUAUUAUGCUUAAGUGUGGGUGGUGUUAAGGGGGAUUUUAUCAUUAUUUCUGGUCUAGUACAGACAAAUAGUGAACUUUCACCACCACAACUAUGUCACGCACACUCUUGAAGUAGGGUGCAUUCGUGACAAUCAAUAUUAGAAUUUUACAUUUGUAUUUUAAGAGGGGGUGCAUUAGACGAUUUUUCUAGUUUCUGUAAAAAACUAAUUUCUAGAAUAAACUCUCAAUGCAACCAUCAUAUUAAACAGAUAAAUGUGAGAUGCAACAAACCUAAGGCUUAUUUCUCUUAGAACUGACAACAGUUAAAAUUCUUAAAAUAAAGAGCUAUAUAGCCAGACUAGGAUACAUAGACUCUCCUAGAAAAAAGGGUUAAUAAAAUUAUGUGUUUUCUUUUUUAUGGAUGAAUUUGAAUUUUGUCAUUUUUUAUCAUAUUUGGUGCAUGUGUCUUAUCUAUUCAAAGUGUUUUGGUUUGUAAGCCUCAGAGAGUCACGUAAAGGUGUUCUUAAUAAUUAUUAAUUAAUUAAUUUGUAUCAGCUAAAAUACUAAUUAUAACUGCUGUCUGUUAUUAUUGAAUUAUUAUUUUUUUGCCACAAGAUGCGAGUUAAAGAAUAAUAGGAACUUGAUAGCUUAUAUCAACUUCUACUAGGUAGGCUUUGCUUUAUAAGGUUUUCGAGGCAGAUGAUUGUGUGUGGUCAUUUGAAGAAGCAGAAAAUUAAAGAUCUAAUAAGCCAUAGAUCAGGAUCUGAAUACCAGGAAGAAAUUUUGGCAUUCAUUGAAAAAAAUGCAACCAUAUAUGGUCAGAAAUCAUUCACUGUAAAUUACUGAAAGGUACCUAAGCCUUCAAUAAAGAACGUACAGAACACAGUGUAUUAUAACAACUUGGUCGUUGAAUGACUGGCCUAAAUAUUUGAAGAACAAUGAAAUACAUUUAACCAAUUUUAGUGAAAAUAAACGUAAUUGAGCAAAAGUAUCACACCUAGAUAACUAAAAUCACCCCUAAUUUAAAAUAAGUUUGUUCAUACUCAGCACUGUAUUUAGCGCAAGGCAAACAAGGCAUACGCCUAGGGCAGCACUUUCCUGAGGGGCCGCAAAAAACGCUGCCCCCAAAUGCCUCAGUAAAUGUCUUGUUUGGCUCAUUUCAUGGGGGGGGGGGGCAACUGGCCACCUUAGCCACCCCCCGAGGCACGCAGAAAUACUAUUUGUGUGCAGAUGGCAAGGGAGGGACUUAUGAUACUUUUAAUCUUCUUGCUCUGCUCACUCGCACUCCAUGUGGGGAUGCCGAGAGCUGGGAUAUGACACCACUCUGGCCCCGGCAUCACUAACCUGCACACCAGGAGCACAGCAAGAAGAUUACAGCAACCUGGACCCCACAGAAGAAUCCACAUGUGUGAGUGUCAGUAUCAGAGUGUUUAUGUGUGUGUCUGCCAGUGACUGUGUCUGUCUGUCAGUGACUGUGUGUCUUUGUGUUUGUGUGUGUGUGUGUGCCUGUCUGUCUGUCUGUCAGUGAAUGUGUCUUUCAGUAUGUGUGUGUCUGCCAGUGAGUGUGUGUGUGAUCAUGACUCAAUAAUACAGAUAGCAGUAUUUAUCAAGGUUUGGCAUGAUCAAUUAUGCAUCAAAAUGUGUAUAAUACUUGUGGAACUGUUAUUUGGAACUCAUCCUCAGGUGAAUGAAGAGAAUUGAUACUGUCACUUUAAGAAAAUAAUAUUUAUUGAACUAUAGCAAUUUUGUUUUGGCAAUCUUCUGAUGUCUUCAAUCUGAAUAACGUUUGGCAAAAAAUUGCUUCAAUCUGAAAAACGUUUGACAAAAUUAAAUUGGCAACUCCUUAAUUAGGAACAUAUAAUAAAGUUAUUUUAACUUCAGCAAUAACAACACAAAGCUAAUUCGUGUUAGAAAAUGAAUGAGUCCUUUAGGUUCUGGUAGAAGUAAAUAAUGAAUAGGUCUUGAUAGGAGAUGUGUAGCUGAAUCCCAGAGGACAGACAAUUAUAUUCCUUCUUAUCCUUCCCAAUAACUUCAGGUGCAAACCAAUUAAUAAUCCCUAGAACUGGAGAACUUAAUUUGCUUACAUUGAAUGAUGUGCCUUGAAGUUAAUUUCAGUAAUGAUGAGGGUUAUGGUUCCUUGAAGUAUGUAGAGGAAUAGAGGAAGUGGUGAUGUCUGUUCCGAAGUCUGGGAGUGGAGAGGUCAGCGUAGUCAGGAGUAAGCCAAAAGGUUUGGUAGACGGAGAAAUUAAUAGUCAAGCUCAGACGACAAUCUGCAACAAAGUAGUAAGUAUGCAAGAGACACAAAUUUAUUGAGCAAUUUUGAUUAGUUCAUGGCUUCCUUUUCAAAGGGAAGCGCGUGACUUGAGACUAAUGGGCGUAGUCAGAUCGGUGAAACCCGGAAGUCGUAUGGGUAAUGCCGAUCAAAAAGAAAGAUAUGAGGGAAUCCUGACAGUGUUUAUGUAAUGCAACUGUUCAUUGUUUUAAAUGUAGCUUAGAAAAUAUUCUCAUUGUGCUUUGGUAAAUACAGACUACCGAAUUUUAGAAUUUGUCACAAAUCUGUUUUAAAAAGACACUUCUCUUUUCCUGUUACUAUUUUUGAAGAAAUGUUUUAUUUGAUAAUAUUUUGAAAGAAUAUGUUCCAUGAAACCUUAUUAUAAAUACAAUUAGAAAACAUCUGGACAUGUACAGAUGGCUAAUGUGUAUGAACAGAAGCCUUUUAUGAUUGUGUGAUAAUGUUAUUUUUACAUCUAUAUGAAAUGCUUGGAAGUUUGCAUAAAAAUUUAAGGUUGUCAAUAACCAAAGCAAUAAAAUGCAAUACAAACAUACAAGUAAUAUGUUCAUUCAAAUUCCAUGACAUUUUCUACUUAAUCAGGAUAAAGUAAUGAUAAUAAAUAAUCAGAGCACAUAAUAUUAUGACAAGUAAAUUAUUUAAUUUUCUGGCAAAAAUACAUUUUAUAUUUUGUAUUAUUUAGCUGGUUGAUCUACAUGAUGUGCAAUGGCAGUAUUGUUUAAUGUGGAAAGAUCAACUUAAAAAUGCCUUUAUAAAGUAUACCUUUUUGCUCCAUGUUUAUGGUAAAACCAUAAUAUUCAUAAUUAUUAUAAAUUAUUCAAGAAAAUUCAAACACUUGAUCUGAUAUGCACAUCCUGGUGUAAUUAUGCAUUUAUAUUAUUUUUCAGUUGUGCCGUGCAAAUAAUUCUACAGAAAGCCCAUUGGGUAUUAUAAACAGUUCUUAUCUCAUAGCUGACACAGUUGUGAUUCCUCUGGAAUUCGUUAAACCGGUAAGAAACUCACAGUAGAUCUGCAAAUGUUUCUUGACGUGCUGUCUCCCAAUGGGGUUAUGUGAUAGAUACAUCUCUUACAUAGCUCAUAUCAUAUGUACCCAUCUAUCUUUCAUUCUAUGUUUCAUUGUCAAGUUUCAUUGUAUGUUUCAUUGUAAGUUAAUUAUAUCUAUGUUCUCCAGGUUGUGUUUCUGUGUCAUACUUACUACCAUAUAGAAUGAUACCCAUAUGUACAUCUUUCUUCUUGAUCUUGAUCAAGUGCCUUCUGGUAUUUCUUCUUGAUAAUCUGAAAGGGAACAAAUUACAAUUCGUCCAUAUGCUUCACCCCAACACUCAAACUUUUCUUAUCAUUUCUGACAUCACAACCAGUCAAGCUCAAUACAACAACGAAAAUAGUAGGAACUGAAAUCAUUCAAUGGUGUAGAUAUUGGGUGCAACCAGACCAGGGGAUAGCACAAUCUCCAACAGGUUUAGUCCAGAAAAAAAGAAAGGUCUAGGCAUUCCAAUACUCAGCAAGUCACAUUUAUGGAAAUAAAGUUGUUAGCAAACAUUUUGAUUAUUAUUAUUAUUUAUAAAGCACCAGCAAGUUCCGUAGCACUGUACAAUGGGUGGACUAACAGACACUAUUUGUAACCAGACAAGUUUGACGACAGGAACAGAGAGAUUGAGGGCCCUGCUCAAUGAGCUUACAUGCUAGAAGGAGUGGGAUAAUGUGGCCUGCACUGCAGACAGCCAGUCACUCUAAUCACUAAAGCGCCACCGCGAUCGGCUGUAGCCUGGGUCGAAGGAUGAAAUUCUGCCCCCCACCUCUCCCAAACCUCACACACAUCCAGGAGAUGCAGUGUGUGUAACGUAUGUAGUGUGUAUAAUGAUUGCAUUGUAUGCAUGUGUAUGGUCGACACAGAGUGUGUGUGCAGUGGAUGCAAUGUAUGUGUGGAUGUAGUGUAGUACAUGCAGUUUCUUUCUAGUAGACGUUGUGUAGUGGGUGCAGUGUCAGUGUUUGUGUAGUGGGUGCAAUGUCUGUGUAGUGGGUGCAUUGUCUGCAUUUGUAUAGUUGAAGCAGUGUAGUGUGUGCAGUGUCUGUGUAGUUGAUGCAGUGUAAUGUGUGCAGUGUCUGUGUUUGUGUAUUGUGGAUGCAGUAUCUGUGUGUAGUGCAUGUAGUGUGUAUGUAGUGGAUGCAGUGUCUGUGUGUAGUGCAUGAAGUGUGUGUAGUGGAUUCAGUGUCUGUGUGUAAUGCAUGUAGUGUGUGUAGUGGAUGCAGUGUCUGUGUAGUGGAUGCAGUGUCUGUUUGUAUUUCAUGUAGUGUGUGUAGUGGAUGCAGUAUAUGUGUGUAGUGCAUGCAGUGUGUGUAGUGGAUGCAAUGUCUGUGUGUAGUGUAUGUAGUGUGUGUAGUGGAUGCAAUGUCUGUGUGUAGUGAAUGUAGUGUAUGUAUUGGAUGCAGUGUGUAGUGCAUGCAGUGUGUGUAGUGGAUGCAGUGCCUGUGUGUAGUGCAUGUGUGUGUAGUGGACGCAAUGCCUGUGUGUAGUACAUGCAGUGUGUGUAGUGGAUGCAGUGUCUGUGUGUAGUGCAUGUAGUGGAUGCAGUGCCUGGUUUAGUGCAUAUAGUUUGUGUGUAGUGGAUGUAAUGUCUGUGUGUAGUGCAUGUAGUGUGUGAGUAGUAGAUGCAGUGUCUGUGUGUAAUGCAUGUAGUGUGUGUAGUGGAUGAAGUGUGUAGUGCAUGCAGUGUGUGUAGUGGAUGCAGUGUCUGUGUGUACUGCAUGUAGUGUGUGUAGCGGAUGCAGUGUCUCUGUGUUGUGCAUGUAGUGUGUGUGGUGGAUGCAUUGCAUGUGUGUAGUGCAUGCAAUGUGUUUAAUGGAUGCAGUGUCUGUAUGUAUGGUGUGUAGUGGAUGCAGUAUCUGUGUGUAGUGCAUGUAGUGGAUGCAGUGUCUUGUGAGAGGUGAUUAUUUUUUUUAAUUAUGAUUAAGUGUAUUCCCCCCUCCCUGCCUCUUACCUGUGAUCAGGUAAGUGACACAUUUUGCUGUGUCCUGUGGAGAGGAGGCCGAGACGUCUGAUUUUUCCCUCCUGCAGCUUCCUGUCAUCUUCUCUCAUGAGCUGAGUAAGCGUUGCCACAGGUUGCUAUGGCAAAGCUCCGCGCAACAACGCUCUUGUGGUGUUACGAGAGGAGAAGACAGGAAGCUGCAGGAGGGAAAAAAUCAGACGUCUCGGCCUCCUCUCCACAGGACACAGCAAAAUGUGUCACUUACCUGAUCACAGGUAAGAGGCAGGGAGGGGGGAAUACACUUAAUCAUAAUUAAAAAAAAAUGCCACCCCUGUAAAAGUACCGCCUGGAGCCGUAACCACACUGCUGCCAAUGAACAGGCCGGCCCUGCAGACAGGGCAGGCCAGCUGCAAAUGUAUUCAUUGUGGGCCAGAAGCUUGGUUUACAAUGUACUUUAUUAAUGCAUUCCCUACUUAGUUCCUUUUCAUGUUUUAUGUAUUGUAACCUUUUUUUUUUUUUACAGGUAGAAGAUAUAGUUAAGACAUUGACCAGCAUUUGCCAAAGUACUUGGACACUAGGACUCCACCAAACGUUUCUAUUGCUUUUAGUUAUUGGGAAAUGGCUUCUUCCAAUUGGAGGGGGAAUCACUCGUGAUCAACUUUCCCAACUUCUUCUUAUGUUUGUGGGCACUGCAGCAGACAUCCUUGAAUUUACUAGCGAGACUCUGGAGCAUGUAAGGUAUGGCCAGUAUACAUAGCUUCAAAAAUAGAGAUUAAUUUGUAUAUUAACAAUGACACACAUUUAACCCAUUCCAUCUCAACAAUGUAUAUACAUAAGCUAACUUUUGUUUUCCAUUGCAUGAUUUACUUCCUCUUUGCUCCAAAGCGGUUUAACACCCUGCAGAGAAACAAAUUAAUGGAAAAUUAAGGGUGCAUUCAUUUCAAGUUUGUACUUAUCACGAUGCAAGCAAAGAAAAAAAAAUGCUAAUGAGUAAAAUUGAAGAGGCAGAAUAUAUGUCUACAGAGCAGGCUAAAGCAGUAAAUAACAAAAUAUAUAUAAAAAAAAAAACUAAUAAAAAAGGUAACUUCAGAAAUAUUUCAUAUACUUAAUAAACGCACCUAUAAGUUUCUAAUAACAAUAAUUAAAAAAAAAAAAGAGCCACAUUUUUUAUAGUUGCACGGAACAUUGUUUGCUAUAGAAAACACCAAUAUUAAUAAUGUAUGCAUUAUUUUAAAUGUAAUAGACAAUUUUAUAGCAUUUUUAUUCAACUAAACCAACAUAAAUGUCAUUCUAUUAAGCAGUGCUCCCCAACCAUCUCCUCGAGGCACACCUAAAAGUCCAAGAGUUAGGGAUUACCAAGGUAUGCCUAAACCCUAAAUAUAGGACUGCUUAAGUUGCCUUGAAGAGAGGGUUGAGGAGCACAGCUAUAAAGCACCACAAGGGUUUACCUAAAAAAUAGUGCUAUGCGUGACAAAGAUUCACUCUUAAAUCGAAAUAUUGCCAGGUCAGCAGGCUGUAAUAAAGGCACAUUUACUACUUUAAAACAACUAAAAUACUUAUAUGUACUUCAGGUUAUUAUUUGACCGUACUUUUGUAUGUUUCCUUUUAUUUUCAAUAAAAUAGGCAAAUGAUUUAGAUAUGUCUUCAGUGCAUUAAAUAAAAGUUUCAUGUCAAUAUAGUUUUAUUGUUCUGCAAAUACAUAAUAGAAAUUCACGAUAUUUAUUAUGUAUACUGUAAAAUAUAAAUGUUGCUUUUUCAUAUAGUUUUGGGAUUUGUUUUGACAUAAAUAUAUUCAAUUUAUUUUCCAGAACCAACAUGAUUCUAGUUUAUUCAAUUCUUGCAGUAUGGACAUGGAGUAUGCUACAAUUUCCUCUUGACCUUGCAGGUACAUAGUGUAUUCUGAUAAACUAUUAAUAUUAAAGCCACUACACAAGAAACUAAUAGAAAAUAAAAACACAUUCUUACUCAGAAUGCAUUGAAUCCGUUUUAUCAAAACUGUUAUACAGUCAGAAAUGAAAUUCCAUGUGCACAUAUGCCUUUUGAUGUUAUAGACAGUCAAUUAUUUUUUGACGUGGCCUGUUUUGGUGAUUUUCUUGUUUCUUGUUUAUUUUAUUUAGAUUUAAAUUUGGUAAUAACAUGUUUUUGUAAAUUCCUGCACAAAUACAGGGAGUGCAGAAUUAUUAGGCAAGUUGUAUUUUUGAGGAUUAAUUUUAUUAUUGAACAACAACCAUGUUCUCAAUGAACCCAAAAAACUCAUUAAUAUCAAAGCUGAAUAUUUUUGGAAGUAGUUUUUAGUUUGUUUUUAGUUUUAGCUAUGUUAGGGGGAUAUCUGUGUGUGCAGGUGACUAUUACUGUGCAUAAUUAUUAGGCAACUUAACAAAAAACAAAUAUAUACCCAUUUCAAUUAUUUAUUAUUACCAGUGAAACCAAUAUAACAUCUCAACAUUCACAAAUAUACAUUUCUGACAUUCAAAAACAAAACAAAAACAAAUCAGUGACCAAUAUAGCCACCUUUCUUUGCAAGGACACUCAAAAGCCUGCCAUCCAUGGAUUCUGUCAGUGUUUUGAUCUGUUCACCAUCAACAUUGCGUGCAGCAGCAACCACAGCCUCCCAGACACUGUUCAGAGAGGUGUACUGUUUUCCCUCCUUGUAAAUCUCACAUUUGAUGAUGGACCACAGGUUCUCAAUGGGGUUCAGAUCAGGUGAACAAGGAGGCCAUGUCAUUAGAUUUCCUUCUUUUAUACCCUUUCUUGCCAGCCACGCUGUGGAGUACUUGGACGCGUGUGAUGGAGCAUUGUCCUGCAUGAAAAUCAUGUUUUUCUUGAAGGAUGCAGACUUCUUCCUGUACCACUGCUUGAAGAAGGUGUCUUCCAGGAACUGGCAGUAGGACUGGGAGUUGAGCUUGACUCCAUCCUCAACCCGAAAAGGUCCCACAAGCUCAUCUUUGAUGAUACCAGCCCAAACCAGUACUCCACCUCCACCUUGCUGGCGUCUGAGUCGGACUGGAGCUCUCUGCCCUUUACCAAUCCAGCCACGGGCCCAUCCAUCUGGCCCAUCAAGACUCACUCUCAUUUCAUCAGUCCAUAAAACCUUAGAAAAAUCAGUCUUGAGAUAUUUCUUGGCCCAGUCUUGACGUUUCAGCUUGUGUGUCUUGUUCAGUGGUGGUCGUCUUUCAGCCUUUCUUACCUUGGCCAUGUCUCUGAGUAUUGCACACCUUGUGCUUUGGGCACUCCAGUGAUGUUGCAGCUCUGAAAUAUGGCCAAACUGGUGGCAAGUGGCAUCGUGGCAGCUGCACGCUUGACUUCUCAGUUCAUGGGCAGUUAUUUUGCGCCUUGGUUUUUCCACACGCUUCUUGCGACCCUGUUGACUAUUUUGAAUGAAACGCUUGAUUGUUCGAUGAUCACGCUUCAGAAGCUUUGCAAUUUUAAGAGUGCUGCAUCCCUCUGCAAGAUAUCUCACUAUUUUUGACUUUUCUGAGCCUGUCAAGUCCUUCUUUUGACCCAUUUUGCCAAAGGAAAGGAAGUUGCCUAAUAAUUAUGCACACCUGAUAUAGGGUGUUGAUGUCAUUAGACCACACCCCUUCUCAUUACAGAGAUGCACAUCACCUAAUAUGCUUAAUUGGUAGUAGGCUUUCGAGCCUAUACAGCUUGGAGUAAGACAACAUGCAUAAAGAGGAUGAUGUGGUCAAAAUACUCAUUUGCCUAAUAAUUCUGCACUCCCUGUAUAUAUUUGACCUGCUGUUUUGCUUUCUACGAGCACAACAAGAAAAAAAAAUAAAAAAGAAAAAAAAAAAUAUAUAUAUAUAUAUAUAUUAACAAUUACUUACAUUUGAAGCAGCUCACAAAGUAUUUUUGUUUCACACAAGAGACAGAUAUCCUUUGGCCCUUUAUCUAUUAUUUACCUAUAACUUCAAUGUUGCUUCAUCCACCUUUUGUGUUGCACAAAGUUCAGUGUUUGUUUCAGUUUCAAAAACAUAAGAAAGAGAAUAAUGUCUAUUUUUUAUACUGUCCACAUAUAUUGGCAUAUAUGGACUUUGGAUGUAAUAACUUAGAAUGAAGGCUAUUGUGAUCGAUAUUUUGACUAAUUUACUUAUCACUCCAUUUCUGGCACAGCAUCCAAGGUGCUGCACAAAUAGGAUAUUUACAAAUGCCUCUGAUUAUUCAUGUUUAAAAUAUUAAACUUGUUAAUGAGAUGAUAUAUGAUCACUAUAAACCUUUAUAUUUUUUUUUCUGUAUAUUUUGGAAACUCACAAAAAAGACAUGAGUCUGAAUAUUUUUUUUUUCUUUACUGGUGUUGUCAUGAUUCCAAACAAUAAACAGAGAAUUGCAAUUUGAAAACUAAAUUUUAAAAAAUUAUACAAAAAAAUGAUGAGUUUUGCAGUUCAGUUUUCAGUUUAUUAUAUUUAUGUGUUCAGUGGAUAAACCCUGAUGUGUUAUGUUUUAAUCUCGUUUUAACUGUUGAAUUGCUUAAUGCUUUGUUUUCUGUAUUAUUAUUUCUUCUAGUGCAAAAUGUUGGAUGCCUGCCAACUACUACAUCAUCAUCCAAAAAGCCGUUCUGCUUAUUGUUGUACAGAUACAGUGCAGACAUUUGGAAUAUAGGGCAAAGCCUUUUGAUUCAAGAUGGUCCAUUUUUUAUUUGCAGGAUGGUUCUCAUGGUCCAUUUUAAAGUCAUUAACCAGAUGCUGGUAUUUUUCACCGCAAAAAAUAUUUUGGUGGUGAUGUUACAGCUUUACCGUUUUGUAGUGCUAUUAAUUGACUUCUACGGUUCAGUGGAGGAUCAAGAAAGUAAGAAGAACGGAGCAGAAUGCUGCUGUCCACAAGAUUCCAUGAUAGAAGAUACUCAUAGAUACCAAGACGAAACAGUUGUAGAUCUCGAAAGUGAAGCAAAGAGUUCAGAAAGCACAGGUUCUGUUACUCUGCUUCAAGACAUAAAAUCGGACUCGGAACGCCUGUAGACAUUGAAUUCUAUUAUUGUAUUUGGUGCUAUUUCUAAGUCAACCAAACUGUUAAUAAGGUAGUAGAGUAUGUUCCAAAACAUUGCAGUUUUUUUCACAAAAAUAUUUAUAUUAAUUGCAAAGGGAUAUUAUACCUCGUUAUAAACAUUACUAUAAUGUGAUCAGAAAGACUUCGAUACUGAAUACGGAGGAAAUUGGUGGGCAAAGAAACUAUUCUUGUUAUAUCUCUUGUAGACAAAAGUCUUGUCUGCGUUUUCCACACCUUGGCUAUUUUCAAACAUACAUGCUACCAUUUGUCCAUUCAAGCAAAAUCAUGGACAGAACAUGUGGAAUAUCAAAAGAAGAAUUAUAUUUUGAGAGCAUAGCUUGAAACAACUCCACCGGAAGAGAAGAUGGAACAAAAAUCUUGCUGUAAUUAAAUUACUGUACAUCAUUAAGGGCAGUGGACUUUCCAAGUGAAGUAAUACUCUUGUUUGUAUUAUUUGUAAGAUAUUCUUGUUACUAUUAGCACUGCGGUCAAAGUGAGACUUAAAGAACCAUAUUGUCUUAAAUAUGGAAUUUGAUGUAAUUAAACGAACUGUCAAUUAAGAAAAUGAAGGGUAAGACAAUGGGAGAUGGUAUGAAAUAAGAAUAAAAUCAGUAUAUAGUGAAAUAGUGUUAUAAAAAUAAUAUUCGUGGUGAAAUGUCACUCAAAACUAAAACAAGUACACCUUAAUCCCUCUAGAUUCACUUGUGCAGCUUUGAAUUCCGAGAACAAAUGUAAUAGACAAGAUUUCCAUCAAUGAAUCACAAGCAAUAACAGGCAGAACAUGAGCAUCACAUUACCCCAUUCCCAACUGGUUCUUGUAACUAACAGAGAGCAUUUUGUUCAAAUAAGAGACAUCAGUGCAACAAACUUUUAGAGGGCCCUAAACCCUUGGAAAAUUCAAACUUUGAGAUGAAAUAUACUGAAUAAGAAUGACACUAGAAUGAAUAGGGAUCUAUAUAAUUCCCAAAAAAUUUUUACAAAUUUUUAGGACUGUGAGUACAUAUUCAGUACAUUGUUAAAAUAUGUUUAAACCAUCUGCCUUUCCUAAUGCUACCCCUGGAAGGGGGAAGGAGCAAUCUGAUGGGUUAAGAUUUCAUUUCAUUUUAUGAAAUUUUUCACUAUAUAGUGUUUUUUUUGUUUUUGGUUUUUUUUGUGCAUUUUUAAUUCAAGAUUGCAUUUUACAAAUUGGGAAGACAUGCUGGUAGUGAGGAAUUAUAGGAUAGAAAAUGUAUUUUCAAUGUACUGUUUAGAUUUUUUUCAUGUUUUUUUUUUUUUUUUUACAUUUUAAACCAGGAGACACCAUACUUUGUAAAAUACAACCAUACAUUUAAAACAUCAUGAGUUUUAUGUCAACAACUUAAUUUACUGCUAUUGUCACUGGGUGCAAUAAUUUAUCCAUGUAAUAAUGUCUAGUCUUGAAACCAGAAGCCUGUGAACUUUAUUUCCAUUGAUAUUUACCCUUCCUAUAGCCUGGGUAAAGUAUCUUGGGAAAUAUAGUCCACAGACAUUUGGAGUGCCAAGACUGGCAUUCACUGAUCUGUACAUUUGUCAGUAAGGGUACUACAGUCUUUAAUAUUGAUGGACAUUGCUGCUGCUAUAUUUAAUGUGAGGAUUCAUGCAAUUUACACACGUUUUUAUACUUGUGGGUGGAAGCAAUUCUGGCAUUUUAUGCAAUUUAUACAAUAACUCUAACAUCCCUCAUUCUUAUUAAGUAAACUCCAACACAUUUUUAUUAAAGACAUAUGUUUCAGGAUAUUUACAAUCUUCAAAUAACACUACAAUAGUUAAUAUUUUGUAAUAGUAGACAAUUUUCAUUCAAAUUGAAAUGAGAACUUAACACUUUCCGCACAAUCUUUUUAUCACUAAUCACUGACUCAUGUGGUAUAUUCACAGCUUUUUUUAAAAAUUCAAAAUUGAAACUGUCAGAGUUAGUUACUAGAAGUAAAUAACUAGAUUCAAAGUGAAUUUCACAUUUAGGUCCAGAAUAGAUUAAAUGGAAACAUUUUCCAAAUUCAGCUAUGCUUCCAUAUGAGCUAUUUUGACCUUAAGUGAAUAUCUUUGUUUCUAUCUACAUAUGCCACACAAAUAGUUUUUGAAAAGUUUCAAGGACAAAUUAGUAGUAUACAUAUAUAGGGUUUUAGAGUUUUGCUGAACUAAUAUCUCAUCAUGGGGCAUUUCUGUUUUCUAUAAAUUCAUAAAAUACUCGUUAAAGUCCUCAAGAGACAAAAGUCAGGUCACAUGUGAAGGUAACAAACUUAUAGAGCGUAACAAAGUGAUCGCUAGUUUUUCCGCUCACUGAGAUCCUGUAUUGGCACAAUAAAUCCAGUUUUGUGGAAUAACUUUCUUCUCUUGAUGAUUUAGUAAGUGUGCCGACUGUCUUAUAUGUAUUAUUGGCUUUUGGAGUUUGUGGGUCCUGAUAAAGGAUUUCAGAGAAGUGUACAUCAUUGAAAUAUACUUAAUUCUUGGAUGCCUGUGUUUUUAUAUUUAUUGCUAUCUUGGUACAUGAAAACUGCCCAAAGGUUUUUAUUUAAAAAAUACAAUUUUUGCCACUUUUCGUGCGGUUACAUCACAACUUUUUAUUCUUUGCGGGGAACUCAAAAAUAAUUCAAUGUGAAUUUCAAAUUAAGGUUAAAAUAGCCACACUGGAGAAGUUAUCAAAUCUAGUUACUUUGGCCUUAAAUUUGAAAUUCACCUUUAAUUUCCCACAAUUCUCACUUUAGUAAAUAAACCUGCUAGUUUUCCCUGACAGUAUGUUACCUUAAAGAACAAGUGUCAUUCAAUUUUCACUUGUCAUUUUUCCAGAUAUUAAAUACAGUGAACCAAAGAAGAAUUUCAGCAACCAAGUUGGGGGGGAGGGGGGUUAAAUGAAACAGCGUAAUUUGCAAACGCAAAUUCAGUGUUUAGUGAAUUUAUCCCUCAAAGAGAUUAGACUACUUCCCUUGCAUACUUACCUAUCAUACUUACUACAUACUGUCUUAAUACUCCCUAUCGCCAACCUAAACUUCCUAACUCUAAAAAAAAACCCUAGCUUCAAAAUGAAAUACAAUUUGAUUAGGGUAAGAAAAAAGUAAAACUCAGUGCUUCUGCAGUUUUAAUAUUGAUCAGUGUUACAAUGGGUACAAAUUAAUUUUGCUUCAAAAUAUGAUGUCUCUGGCCACAAUAUGCUGUUACAUGACACUCUCAUGUUGUCCUUUUCCUCAGUUAUAAAUUGAAAAUGGAAAUGCACUUAGAAACAUACAGCCAUCAUAAGGGCAGAACAGAGAUACCUUUACAUUGAUAGCUUUAACUCUGAUUAGCCCCCUACAUAGCUAAACCUGGCAUACACCCCUCAAAUGAAAACUCAAAUGAAAAGCAUGUAAAAUGGCCUUGCUAUAUAUGUUUUAAUUGAUCUUAGAUUAAAGAAUAAUACAAAAAAAAAAAUAUUGUUUUCCGUUAAACUACUCAUCACUUGCCAUGAUUAUCACUUGGCAAAAACUCACGUCUUUUAUGACAGUCCUGAAAUGAGUUAACACUAUAUAGCUAUUAACUUAGCUGACUUUGCUUCUUCAAUGAUUUGUCAACAAGUUUAUCUGCCCUUCUACUGUAUUAUAUUGUAAAUUAACUCACUAAUACACUAAUGUAAUGAUAAUAUGCUUUUAAACAUGAGCUUUCAGUCAGUAUGUUAGCACUCAAGCAUGUAUUUACUGUUUGUUGCAAGAGUCAUUAACUCUGAUUUUGUAAUUACUAUUACGAUAAACUUAUAUAAUGGGAGCAUCUUGGGUGUCUCUCCCUCUAUGCAAAGAUGCAGAGAAGAUGUCAUAUGGCCCUAGACACCUUCCCAGUUUGGGCCACCCUUUAUUCUUCAUAUAAGGAUGCUUAAAGGAGCCAAGUAAAUUCAUGGUUCCGGGGUCCCUGGCUAACCCCUGAGCCCUAGGUGUUGCCUAUGCCCUGCUCUGCCAAAUUGUAAUGGUAAUCGUCAAAAUCAUAAGAAUAGUAUUUGUGGAAGCUGUGAGUAAUUUUAAGUUGACACAUGUAUGACAAAAUGCAUGUUUCUGCACAAAUCAUGGUGUUCAAUUGUCAUAAUUUACUACCUAAAGUACCAUAAAGCUCAGUAAUACAAUGUUACUGUUUUGCAUAAAAGAAAUAAGGCCAUAUAAAAAAUUAUGUUAAAUGUAUAAGACUGGCAAGUUGUGUAUUUUACUUUUCUUCAUUAAGGAGAAUGCAUGUUAUUUAAGUGACAGAAAUAGAAGAAAAAACAAAGUUGCCAUAUAAUUUGCUGCUUUGGGUUCAAGAUAAAUUUGAAUAAAAUUAGAAUUAAAAUUUUAGUCUCUGAUCAGUAUAUAUUCAGUCAAGGAUAGACUAAAUGCAAUCCUUUCUAUAAAAUACAGACUUCAGGGAGGAAUGAAUGUAAGAAUAGACAAGUUCCAACACUUUUACAUACAGAUUGGAAGUGCGAUCUUUAAUGUAAAUAGAACUGUAUUACUGUUACUUUAAGAUAUUUUCUUCUUUCUACUUUAGGUUAAUUUGAUGUGUUUUCUUAAAAUCUAAAUGGUUUUGUAACCUUUCAGAUGUCUAUCUCAAUAAAUGUACCCUUUUUUUCAGAAGUAGAUUAUGAAUUUGGAUUUUUAUUUUCAAUACGUUUAAUAGUGACAAAUGCGUUAUAGACUUGUGAAAAAAAAAACUUAUGUACCACUAAAAAGUCUUUUUUCUACCUUCUGGAAAGGAUUUAUAUUUUUUCACAUAUCUUUGUACUGGAUGACAAAGGGGAACAGCGGCUUCUCAGGAAAUUACAAAAUUUAAUCAAACACUUAAAAUCGCUAACAUGUGCUAAGCUUUUUUGUGUGUGAUGCUCCAUUUAUCAAAGGGACUUAUAUUUAGCUAUAGAGUGUUCCUAUUAGUGUUUAGGCUCAAGGCCCACCCCCUGUUCUUUUUUAAAGUAAAACAAAAUCCUUCUAGAACUCAUCUUUAUUCCAGUGCUCGGACAGUCACCUAUCUGCAGGCACUCCGCCUUCAGUGAAGUCAUCAAUAACUCAUCAUUGCUAUACCUCGG